AUGACCGUUUCGUACUCGCGUCUCGUCGCCAAUGGAAGUAGUUUCGGAUGUUUUGGCAGUAUACUUUGCAAGUGAGUAAUAGAAAGUCGUACAAUUUAUCGUAACCAUUUUUGUAUGGUCAAUUAAUAAAACCUAUGGUAUAGGUAGGUACUAGUUAGGUAUAGGUAUAAGCAGGUACUAUAAUGGACAGUGAAUUAGCGAAUAUUAAGAAAAAAAAUAUAUACAAUAUAUACAUACGUAUUAUGAUAAUAUAUUAAACCGGAGACAUGCACGGUCGACAUAACGUUUCGUACUCGUAUUAGUAUUCGGCGGACAAUUUAAUAUUAUUUUCUGGAAAUCGAAUGCGAUGUCUAUUGGUGUUGCACCUCAUAAUAAUAAUCAUUAAUAAUCAUAUUUUGUUCAUAUCACAGCUAUAACACAUUAUGAUUACACAUGUAAACAUUUCGUGCCCAGUCAAACAAUUCUGGUGGGUUUCCGGAUCUUAACUUAAAAACAUGAAAAUUCUUUUUAAACAUUUUAUGUACGGUACAUUUUUGUAAUAGGUACAACACACAUUUUUAAAUGAUCAUACGAUACCUGUACGUUUUAUAAUGAUUUAAAAACUGGUUAAUAUUAUUAUUUCAACGUUUAUUCAAUAUUAUAUAGACAUAGGUAUUUCGGGCAAUGAUUUUGAAAAUUGAUUCUUAAUCAUAACCUUUAUAAACCUUACGUGAAUUUGCGUUUAGGAAAUGAAAUGGUUUAAAUUAUAUUACAAUUAAAAUACCGUACGUAAAUCGAACAUAGCAACUAUACAACUACACAAAUUUGGAUUUUCUAGAUAAUACCUAUGCCUCUAACUGUUCUAUUAUAUACAGGGGCGGAGUGGCUCGAAAAUUCUUACCGGGCAAAUACUUUAUCCAGACUACUUCAAUUUUUACCAUUUUUGAUAAUAUAUUGAGAGUUGUUACAAUUUUUGUUUAAUGUAUAAACACAUUUUUGGAUCAUACAUUUGUAAAAACUUGCAUCACCCAAUUAACAUCAUUAGCAUCCCUUCCAUAUUAUCCACUAUACAUAUAUUUUUUUAAGGCAAAACAUUUUAGCCAAACACAGAAUACCUUUAAUAAUUUUAUGUCAGCCACUUUUUAGGGGUUGAAUUUCUAGAUAAAAAAAUAGACUGUAAUUGCCCUUUUGUUUUAAAUAUCAAGUGUGAAAAGUUUCAUCUAGAUCGGAAUAAAAUUAUAGAUUUAUAUUAAAAGCAAACAAAAAUCGAUUGAAUCGACGAUUUUAUAUUUAUAUACGAAAUUUGUCAAUGACGAAUAGUUUAUGCAAUUUUUUUUACAUUAAACAUGAUUAAUGGAUCAAUGGUUGUUCUUUAGCCGCCUCCACCCUCUUAGGUGUGCUAUUAAUAAUGAUAUAACUAUUUUCCAAUAUUUUAAGUUUUAAUCUACAUUAGAGAAUUUUAAACAUACAAUCAAAAAUAAAUAUUAUUUCAUUAAAUUUUGACGGUAGAUAAUUUACAACUUCUUGAGGAUAAAUAUGUAAAAAAAAUUAUAAGCAUAUAAAAUAUUUAAAUGAUUUCCUAAAUACACCAACUAGACAAAAUUGGUUAUCAAAAACCAUCCUUAAAGUUGACGAACGGAGUAUGAUUUCUGAAAAAAAAAUGGUUUACAGAUAGAAAAACAAAAUAAAUAAUAAAUCUAAAACACACACACACACAUCAUGGAAAACCAAUAAAUGUUUUGCUUCACGUUUAAAAUCUAAAAAUGCCUAGUAAAUGCGGUAAAAAUACCGCAUCUCGUUUUUCGCUUGAUUUCCCUUCGUUUUUUGUCACUUUUAGUACUAUUAAGUUAAUACAAACUAAAAUACCUUACUAAAAUAAUAAUAUUACGUAAUAGUAAAUACCUAGUCUUUUAAUAUUGUAUGAAUGUAUGAGAUUGAUGAAGAAAUGCUUUUAAAAUUAACAAUUAUUACAAUUAAAUCAGAUUUGAUUAUAAAUAUUUACCAGUACCUAUCGGAAUUCCUUCUGUGCAAUUAGUAGGUAGGUAAGUAGGUAGGUAGUGUAGUUAGGUAUAUCGUGCAAUAAAGUAUACGUUUAUUAUGAUUCCAAUAUAAAUAAAUACAAAUUGACAUUUGAGUUCUUUAUCUUUUAAAAAUAAUUUUAUUAGCAAACAUUUAUUUUUAAAUAGCAAAAUAUAACUAUUAAUUUUGAAUGCUUCGGACCACCCAUAAGCCAGGCCGCCGGGCAUUUGUCUGGUUACCCGGUUGGCCAUUCCGCUCUUGAUUAUAUAGAUUGGUAUUGUACGAUUUUUAACUCGAUAAAACUUUGUUCGCAUAUAUUAUAUGAGCAUAAAUUUAACUUAAUACUGUAUCAACAUUAGGAAGAAAACUUAAAUUUUAAAAAUAUUUUCAGCGUUUUCGGUCACCAUCUAUUUUAACAAAACGUUUUAUUGCAAAUCUUUGACGAGUUGGUUUAUUAUCUAUUCUCCAUUCAUGACAUAAUAAUUAGAUUUAUCGCAUACAAUUAUCGAAAUCCCCACUUAGUUCUUCAGUGGAAAUAAUUUAUCGGGAACAUAUUUUAUCAAACAAUAAUAUUUGAUACCUAAAUAACAAAAAUGAUGUUAUCUUACUUAGUGGUCUAUAUUGUGUACACAAUACAAUUAUUCUUAUCAGACAUUUUCAAAUUUUUAAUGAUUAUGAUUUUAUUAGUUUUCGAAAAUAUACACUCUAUAACCAAAAUAUCUAAAACUUCAUAUGAUUUUCUAGCUUAAAUACUCAAUUUUCAAGUUUGUCUCGUUUAGUUUACUGCUUAGUGAACUAGUUGGUGUCCUAAGUCGAACCUUUAUUUAAUCGUUAAAAUACCACGCAAAGUAAAAACAAAGGAGAAAGAAAUAAAAAAUGCCCUGACGGGUAGGCCACAUUUUGAAGUAGAAAAUUGCGUAGUGGUGCCAUAAAUUAUAAUGCAUAAGAACAAAACCUAAUACAUAAUUAUGGCAUUAUUUUAAUUAUGUUUCUUCUUACUUCUUACUUCUAACGAUUUUGGGUGGCACUUAAUAUUUCCAAAUUGUGGAGUGGGCCUUUUUGACUCAGUUCGUCAUUGAUGUACUUUAAAUUAUUGCUACAUAGUUCAAUCUAUAGUGUAUGAUCUAUGACUGUAACUCUUCAAAAAAUAUCAUAGAUAACGUAUUAACUAAAAUUAUUUUUGAUAAAUGACGUAGAUAAAUACCUUAUAUCAUAUACUAUGGAUGAAGCCAUGUUCAGAUAAUUCGAAGCCCAUAUAAACAACAUUAUUUGUGUAUUGAACAAAGAAUUUCCUGAUGAGAAGUGUGAAUUGCGCAUGCAAGAGUAUACUCGUUGCAUAGGUAUUUAAUAUUCCAAAUAAUAUUAUAGUACUCGCAAGUGCACACCGCGCCUCUUAGCAGAUGACUGGUCGCUUAUAAUAUGUAUUUAUUUACACGGGUGAGAUAAGCUGUGGCUUCACUAAGAUUGUAUAUACAUAAUCCAAGGUCACAAAUAUAUAAUAAGAAGAACUUGUGAUAUUAUGUGAAGUUUUCAUUCCGCCAUUUAAUUCAAGGCCCAUGAGCCUUAUCAUACACUUUUACUACUGAUGACUGUUAUAUACGUGUAGUAUAAGAACAAACACGAUAUUGAUCACCACGAAAUAAUAAAAAAGAUAGAUUUAACAGUUAUUAUAUUAUUAAAAAAUAAAUAGAUGAUAACACUUACGGGUUAAAAAAAAAAUCGGUCAUUGGUGGCUUCAAGCAACUACACGGACAGUAAAUAUAGUAGUUAGCUAUCUAGUAAUAUUUGUAUCUAAUUAUAAUAUAUAAUAUGAUAAAUAAAUGCUUUUCAUGGAAAAACAACAAAUAUUUCUUUUCUUCCAGAGGACCCUUUUUGCUUAUUGAAUAUUACUGGCUACUGUGACUUCUCUUGAGUACGCCUCUUUUCGUAGAUUCUCAAUAACCUCCUUGGUUUUGAUGUAAUCGAUAUUUUUGAAAAAUAUUCGUGUGGUGGCGAUUUUGUAAUGACCCUAAAGAAGAGUAACUUGAUUAGCUUUUUGAGGAAGUUGGAGAGGAUUUUUAUUUCGUUUGAUGACUACGUAAUGAUAUGAGUAAUGCUUAUUAUCAUGAUAAUAUAAUAAACAGUUUUAAUAUAAACAUUUAUCAUAUAAAAAAGUUCCUGGCAAACCUGAAUUUAGAUUCGUUUUUGAUUUUUGACAUUUCCCAAUAUUUACGGAAUAUACUAUGGCUGUUACUUGGUGCAAAUGCACCGGUAUUUGUAGUUUUUCAGUUAUAAUAUAUUGGCAUGAGUCAUGUAAAAUGUUGUAUUUAUCUGCUAACUGAUAUUCUGUAAUCACGAAAAAUCCUCUUCAACCAUCUCCUCCCGUCCAAAAAAAAUCAUAUAUAUAAUUUACAGAUAUGGUUAAGCGAAUUCACAGAAACCGUGAUAUUAAUUCUAUUGCUCUCUGACGCUUUGUUAGUGCAUAAUUUAAAUAGUCUCGGUAUUUUUUGAUCACUGAUCAUCAUUGUUUUAUAUUUUACACAUUAUUAGUUACAUUUAUUUAACAUAUAGCUAUUUAUCAACAACACAAGUUUACUUUGUAAUUUAAAUAUAAAUUAUAAAUGUAUUUAGUUUUUUGGCACAAAAAUUAAAAAAAAAAAAACAAUUUAUAGGUAAUUUUUAAUUUCCUCAAUUCUAAAUGUUUUAUUCAAAGUGGAGGUUAUUUAAAAUAGUCGGGGUACAUAAAUAGUUUUCACAGUUUACAUAACCAUCGGUGGAGCAUCAGCUAGUAGUAAUUUCUUUCAUUGCUUAUUAAAUUAUAAAAUGUAUACUGAUAAUAUUAAACAAUAUUUCGAACGACGUAGUGGCGUAAUUAUUAUUUUUUAAUUAUACGGCUCAUAGUAAUUACCUCCAAGGUUCUACCACCACCAAUGUGUAAUUGUUUUUACUUAUUAUUAAACUAAUAAUGCGAAUAUAAAGGGUCAUGGAAGACGAAGGGGCACUUUUAUUCUUGGUCAUUUAAUUUUUUACCAUCGUAAAAAAAAAUGAUUAUUAUUUAGUGUCUUUUUAAACGCGUACGAUUAUUAUUAUUGUUUUGCGUCACAAAGAGUUAUUAUUCAAGUAUAACAGAUAUUAUAAUAUAAAUGCACGCAUUAAUGAUCAAACGAGAUGCUAAUCAUUUGGUAUUCUUAUUUCCGGCACGUCCAACUUCAUAUAAGUAUAAUGUUUGAACAUUUCAUAAAAACUUCAUUGGUUUGAGAUUUAAAAUUUUUAUUUGUAUCUUUGAUGAAUAGAUAUUCAUCGUUUAUAUUAUCAGUUGUAUCAAUGUAUAUUACUGAAUCAUUAACACACAUAACACUUUAUAAAUAAUCGAUGCCUGGAUUUUAUGUCAGUAAUAGGUAAAAAAUCUAACGAAUCCAAUUUUCACCAAACAUUUUCUUAUUUCUAUGCAAAUUGUUUAAAUCUUAAAAUUUCCUACAUUUAUAAACUGAGUUAGACAAUAAAACUAACUUAAAUAAUAUUGUUCUAUGAUCUCAUAAAACAUAUUUAACUACUUGAAUCAAGAACCUUCUCAACUUCUCCCCUACUGCAGUAUACAUUUUUAAAAUUUUAAAUUCAGAAUUGAGCAAAUGAUAUACUGGUUUUAUUAUAAUGUGGGUUUUGUUUUUGUCUGUAAACAAUAUUUGGAACAGAAAACUCCGAGGUAUCAAGAGUAGUACCUUUUCUGAAAGGAAAUAUUAUCUAGUUGAUGCAUUAAAGAGGUUAUUUUUGAUUUUUCAACUUGUUUUCAAAAUAAUUGAGAUUUUAUUGAGACGGUAUUUUUGUUAGGUAAAUAAAUUUAUCCACAGAGUAUCUGCCAAAUAAAAAUCCAUAAAAUGAAAAUGCCUGUAGCUCAAAAAUCGUUUACAUUUUCUGAAAUUUAAAAUCUCUACAAAUAUUUUUAAUUGAGUUACAAUAACAAACAACAUUGAAAAUAAUGAAACAAUAAAACCAUUAUUUCUAUCAAAUUUAUCAAAUAUCAAAUUUUGAUAUUAAAUUCGUCAAUAUCAAAUAUUAUAAUUAAUAUUUGUUGAUAUUAAAUAGUGAAUAUUAUGAUUUUUCAAAAUGUAUAUAUCCGUACUUUGCGCUGAAUCGUUUUCCGUUAGUAAUGGUUUAUCGUUGUUUAUAGAUGUAAAUUAAAUAAUAUUAAAAAAUAUAAAUAUUAUUAAAUAAAUAUAAAUAAAUCAAAAAAUUUGGUCGGGUGACCCCAAGUUUGGUACUACUGGUGGUAACACCCAUCCCCAGCUCUUUUUUAGCUCGAUUUUAUAUUUUCAUGAGCGGGCAUAAUUCUGAGCGAAUCCAGGAAUGUAUUGGUUUUACAAUGAUGUUUAUUUUAUUUUUAUUUUUAUCUGUGCAUAACUUUUCUACCAUAUAUCCUAUUUCGAUUUUCAAGUGUAGUUGCUUUUCUGAAAGGAAAUUUUAUUUGAGUGAUUUUUCUAAGAAGUUACUAUAUUAAUUAAACAAAUAUUCAUAGACUUGACAUUUUUACAAAACACUUAUAUUUGCUUUUUCUGGAUGUGGUAACAUUUUUUAAACCAUUUUUGAGCCAUUUAUAAAUAUUUUAAUUUUGAAAAUUUUUUACGUAAUCUUUAUUUAGUUGGUACUCUGUGGAUAAAUUGUUAGACCAAACAAAAAUUCUUGAAAAUUCAUCAGGAGGUUCAUUAUAAGUCAUACUUUUGGGUCAAAAAGAAUUUUAAUAUCAAUUUUUGACGAAAAUCAAAAAUAUUACGGCUUUAAAAAUAUGUACGACUGAACUCUGCUCAGAAUCGUUUUUCAUUAACAAUGAUUAAUCGUUGCGUUCAGAUAUAAAUUAAAUUCCCCUUUAUACUCUUUUAACUUCUCACCUGCAACAGUGGCCCACCGAUCGUACGAAGUAUAUUAGUCAUUUUUUUUACCUAUCAAAAGAUAAUAUGUGAACGUUAUUUUAUAUUUAUAGAGCUUUUUAUUAUUAAAUGUACAUAAUUAUAAGCAUUUAAUUUAAAAAUGUAAAUUUAAAUAUGUACAUUUAUUAUUUUUUAUGGAAAAAUGAACUGCAUUAUAACUCGUAACUUUCUUUUUCAUUUGUCAAAAAAUUUAUUCUCGUGUGACCUAUGAGCUCUUCGCGUACCACAGGUUGAGAAUUGCUGAACUAUUUAAUAUUUCUUUUCAGAAAAGGUACUGCACUUGAUACGUCGAAGUAAGUUUUCUACUUGAAAAGUUGUUUACAGACAGAAAAAAAUACACACAUCAUAGUAAAAUGAAUGGAUCCAUCGCUAUGCUUCGAAUCUAAAAAACAAAAAUCAAUAUUUCACAAUUACUUUGUGAAACGUUCAGUGGAGAGGGAAAUAUUUCUAACUUCAAUCACUAUAUGUCAAAAAAUUAUUUCAAUUCAAUUACGAACAAACGUACAAUAACAUUACACUUAACUGCUGCGAUGCCCGACGAGGACGCGUUUGUCCUCACGGUAUUCAUGACUUCUAUUGCCAUGAUGUUAUAUAGUAUUAUAUAGCUGUAUAAGUUAUAUUUGUAUUGCGUUAAUAGUUCGUUGAAAAUUCGGUAUUCUAGGUUAGGUACAGUGCAAACUAUUAAUCGCUUUAAUUAUGCUAUUAUACGUGAUUUAAGUAUGUAGGUAAGGUAACUAUAUAUUAUUAUAAUAAUAUAUUAUUGCGAAUACUGCAGCAAUCAAGGACGUAUCGGCAAAAAUUUCUAAUACCCUCGAACGCGUUGUAAAUAACUGCUAUAGUAAUGGUAUAAUAUAUUAUAAGAGGUACGUAUACGUUUGUUUCGAAUCGCUAACGUGUUUCUAGACGAUCUUCGUGAUGUUAUUCUUACACAAUGAUUAUGAGGUAUUAUUGUAUGAUAAUAUUAUAUUAUAUUAUUACGGUGAGGUAAAAUUUGUCCCCUAAAACCAAUUAUAGUCGAUAUUUUAGAUACCGAGUUGUAAUGUUGUGCUCACACAACAUAUCUAUGUACAAUUUAUUAUUUAUACAAUUAUAACAAUGUAACUAAAAGAUUCAAAUGCAGCUGAGUACUUGGUAUUCUCUAUACUGAAAAUAAUAAUAGUUUAAUAAACACAACAGAGCAUCCGCUGUUCGAGGGAAAUAUAUAUUAUGCUUCCAUAGUUGCAAUCUGGGUAUUCUUAAAAUUUCCAUACAACACCCCUUUUAAGUAUAAUUUUAUGAUUACCUAGUUAUCUUCUAUCGACACCGAUACGAAGGCCAACGGGCCCGUUUUAAACUUACAAAUAAUAACAGUUUUUCCAUUGUUUAAGAAGGAUCCAUAUACGUACCAUUUAUUACUUCAUUAGAAAUAUUUCAAUACGAAUCAAAUAAAAUAAAUUAUACGACGUCUGUAAAAUUAUAUCACUGUCAUUUCAAAUUUCAAUAAAAAAAAUGUUUAUGUUCAAAGUUUUCGGAGUGGUGAUAAUGAUUAUUUUUUUAUGAUAAUAUUUCGAUAAGCUUUUGAUAAACACGAACCACCCCGAAAGUUUUUACUUUUAUGAAUUUGCGAUUUUUAUUAAUUGGAGUGUAAUUCUAAACGAUAGUCUGAUAUUAGAUAACUGUUUAUGCUAUUGUUCGGACAAAAAAUGAAUUUUAACGUAUCAAUUAAAAGUGUGUGAUUCUGAACAGUUGAUCCUUUAAGAAUACUUACUAAACAAAAGGAAAAAGUGUGCGGAAAUUGCUUAUAGAGAGUGUGCGGCUAUGAACAAUGCCCAAUAUACUAAUACAAAUUGUUUACCUUCAUUAUGUAUUACAAAUUGUAGUUUACAAUUUAUUAAACAAAAUUUAAAACAUUAGAUAAAAAAUCAUUGAUAAUAUUUGUAUAAUAUACUGAAAUUUUAAUAUUAAAUCAGUGUCAUAGUUUUUAAUUUGAGUAUCAAAAAUAUUUUUCUUUUUUAAAUCAGAAACUAAAAAAGGUCGUUUUUAAAUUUAAAAAAGAAAAUCAUAAUAACACAAAAUCACAUAUCAUAUCUAAGAUAAUAUAGUUAAUAAAUAUUAAUUUGAUAACUUUUGGCAGUGACCUAGUACACUUUGUGAUUAUUAUUAUAAUUGUCAAUUAUCACGCACUUAUUCAACUUUCAUUUGCCAUUUGUUUUUAGACAUUCUCGUUAAAAAUUGUUUUGGAGGCUGAUUCAAUAGUAAAUGGGGUAGUAAUAAAUUUAUCUGAUAUUGGGAUGAGCCAAUUCAACGGUCGAUUAAUAGUAUAUACGAGGGCUAAUCAAAAAGUAUCGAGACUGAUAAUAUUACUCGGAAACCGAGCGUUGAAGAGCAAAAAGAUUUGUAAACCUAGCUUCUAUGACUUAUACUGAGCAUAUCUAUUCGUAUAAAAUCUCUAUAAACUUCUUUGUUUUGAUUUGACGAUAUUUUUCUAAAAUUUGUUUUUCACGUUUGGCGAUUUCUAAAUGAAUCCAAAAGAAGCUGAACUCGCUGCCAUUUGAGNUCGAGACUGAUAAUAUUACUCGGAAACCGAGCGUUGAAGAGCAAAACGAUUUGUAAACCUAGCUUCUAUGACUUAUACUGAGCACAUCUAUUCGUAUAAAAUCUCUAUAAACUUCUUUGUUUUGAUUUGACGAUAUUUUUCUAAAAUUUGUUUUUCACGUUUGGCGAUUUCGUAAUGAAUCUAAAAGAAGCGGAACUCGCUGCCACUCGAGGUCACAUUUUCAGUUUUUCAAUUGAUAUUUAAUGGCAAAAACCAUGAAAUAUUGCAUCCCUCUGAAGCUGGAAAAAAAUGCAGACAAAUUUUCUAAAAUCUCCAAAUCUGAUAAGUUAUUCUUCUUUUGGGUUUAUUACAAAACCGCCAAACUCGAAAAAUAUAUUUUACAAAAAUAUCAGUGAAAUCAAACCGAAGAAUUUUAUAGAGAAGCAAUAAAAACAAAUGUACUCAGAAAAGUCAUAGAAGCAAGUGAUACCAAUUCUACUGCUCUUCGAUGCUCCUUUUCUGAAUGAUACUACCAGUAUUGAUACUUUUUGAUUAGCCCUCGUAUACGGCCGACGAUCACCACCUACACCUAUAUAUAAUUAAGGUAAUAAUAUCGAACCUGUUGCAAGACACUGUCGAUCGGGAAUCUCCUUGAAAAUUAGUUUUCUAGACACGUGUGCUCAAAUAGUACGUAUAUGUAUAAUGUAUAUAAUAUAUAUAUAUAGUUGUACUGUAUAAUAUGCGUUUGUACAAAACUGCAGCUGUAAACUACGCCCUUUUCGAAGCUUUUGUGUGUUCUGUUCGAAUAUACAAUAGUGGCAUUGUUAAACGCGUGAAUUACUGUUGAAUUUUUUCUUCUUUUUCUUUACUCGGUGAAACAUGUGAGUUUGUGUCUGGUAUGAUGACGUGAUGACCUACUGUGUUAUUAGUCGGAGACACAAACAAAUAAGUACCUACCUAGCUACAGUAUCCUACGCGUUAUUAUACUUAAAUACACGUACAAAAAUUACGAAGCCUCCUAGUUUUACAGAGUUGAAAUAAAAUAUUUAUAUUGAUAUAAAUAUUACUUAAAUUUGAUUUCUAUACUGUUUAAACGACGACGGUAAUAAGUAUAAAACUCAUCGAAAAAUUCAUCGUAUUUUAUACAAUUUUAAGUACACGGAUAGAUGAGAAAUUCACUUAAUCGAUAUGGUAUACAUUUAAAAAGAAAAUUAUAAUAUUUUUCUUUGGCAAUUAUAGUUUCUUAUAAAAUAAUAUGGAAAGAUUGAAAUUCAAUUAUGAUUAUAAUACCAAACUAAUUUUGUCUUAAUUUUCCAUAAUUCUAGUUUGAUCACAAGUUUGAUACUCGUUUAUAGUCGUUUAAUGGGUAUAGUGUAUACCUAUAACAUAUUACCAAUAGCCAUAUUAGUAUAAUAUACAAAUAAUGCCUUCCUCAUAUAGCGUAUCUACAACUAUCAUUAAUUUUAUUAUAAUAUACAAUUGUGUCAUUAUAUUUUAAAAAUUGGAAACGGUUUUUCAGUCGUCGAGAGGUAGAAACUAUUUACUAGAAAGACAAGUACACCUUCUAUCUUUAUUUAACCCGUUUGACGGCAGGUAAAUAUGGUUAUAAUACUGACAAGUACUCAAGAAUCGAACAUACCAGGGAACAACAAAUUACUUUUAGUGGCACAAAGAGGUGAAACUCGGAUUUAAUACACUUCACAAAGCCCAGCAAUUUAAGAGCUCUCCAACAUGAAGACUCAAUGUGUGGGUGAAAUUCAAGAGUAGAUGUUAAGGUUACCCAGGUCUUUCAGUCGGUUAACAGAAUUAACAGCCAAUCCAUUUAUAGUGUAUGGGCACUUAAUUAAUGAGUGGUCCCUGUCGAUGGCAUACACUUCCCAGUAUUGAAGUGCAAAUCAAUUAAAUCUAACCAAUUCACUAAACAAUUGAGAUCUUUUUAGAGGAUAUGGUAGUCAAAUAAGUUAUAUUUAUAUAAUAUAAUAUAUUUUUACUUAAAAGAGUAUAACUACUUAGUUAUACUCCAAAAUGAUUUCAAAUUGUCCUCGAAGACAAAAAAUCUUACAUCCAGGUAAUAUAUUUUGUGUAUAAUUGAUAAAUAGCAUGAACAGUAUGGGAGAUAAAGUGAGUUACCCUUGGGGCACCCAGAUGGAACCAUAGGUGACGACUGACGAAUUCCCAUGAAUUUCAACCCAUUGAACUCUAUAAGUAUAUUUCAUAGAUAUGAUCUAAUCCAAGACAAUGGUUCGCAAAAUCUGGAUUUAUACAAUAUUUCAUCUAAGAUAUUGUGGUUAACACUGCCAAACACUUUCUUAAAAUCAUUAAAUAUGACAUCUACUUGCAUGUUCUUUUCAAAACACUCGAGAAAAAAAAGUUUUGAACGUGAAGAAAUUUGUCAGCGUGGAGCGGUCAGGUCUAAAGCUAUUAUUAUUAUUAUUAUAAAAUAUUUAUGCUAUUUAUAUUCAUUUUAUGAUACACAAAUAUCCAGUAGAAUCAACAUGUAACAAUGUUCGGCGGGUUCGAUAGCCGGUGAAAUCAACUUAUACAAAUUUAUUAUCGGCUUUAAUAUUAUUACGGUGGAAUGUUGAGUAUGACUCAACGUCUAUUACAUACUAGGCUAGGUUGCCUAGUACUAAAACCGCUAGAAAGAGAUGGCCAAUACCACCUGCAGGCUAUGUAUGAUAGGACUUAAUCUAUAUGCUAUCUCUUUAAAUACAAAUAUUGUAACUUAUCGUUGUUGUUAAACUUUUCUCAAGUAUUAAUAGGUAUUGUUGGUAUUCUAUUUUAUGUGCUUUAUAUCAUAACAAUAUUGACCUUUUUUCUCUCUCUCUCUCUUUCUCCUUCUCUGCUUUAGGUAUAUUUCUUUAUAUAGGUCUACAGCGUAGUGUUUUUACCCUUAAAAUUGUAAUAAUUAUAUUUUAUUAUAUUCAAACAAUUCCAAUUGCAAAAGUAUAAUAUAAAAAGUUAUUAUUGUUUACGAGUUUCUAAAAUUCUUCAUAAACAGCAAAUAAUAAUAUAGUGAAAAUAGUGGAAUUGUAGGAUUGUACAAUUAUAGAACUGUUAUUACAAGUUUCAAUUUUGAGAAAUCACGUGUGCUCGAGUAUAGAUAUGCUAUUGGUUGCAAAAUUCAUUGUUUUUUUUUUUUUUUUAAGUGCCUUCAUUUUUCAGUUUCGCACGAAAUAAAUAUUUUUAAACAGUCGAACAAUUUUUAAAUUUUAAAUAAGCACUUGCAAAUUUGGGGUGUUAUGUCUUUGUAGAAUCACUGUAUUAUAAAAUGAUUACUUGUGCCCAAAAUUAAAUGCACAAAAAACGUACAAAAUAUGUGUGCAUUUAUGCACUGAUUGUCAUUAAAAUAUGCACUUGAAAUAUGCAAAAUAUUCAAAAAAAAUGAUUACAACGACUUGUCUCGAUCGAAGUAUCUUUAUAUAAAAGUUAUUAGAUGAUAUAAGAAAACAAAUUCUUUACGAACUAUAGGUAUAUAUGUAGGUAAAUUAAUGAACAAUAGUAAAACAAAUGGGUUUGAAAUACUUAGGUAUUCAACUAUAAUGCAAUGAAAAAUCGUAAAAUACAGAAAUAUGCAGUACACAUCAAAAAAAAAAGACGGACAUACUUCGCACGAUGGGUGCAGCACUGCAGCCACUGUUGUUUGUAAGAAGUUGAUAAUGUAGAAUAAAGAGGGGAAAUUAAUUUGUAUCUGUAAACCAGUGGAAUAGCCAGGAUUUUUUUAAGGGGUGUGUUUUAAUUUUAGGUUUACAUGUAACUUUGUAAUUUAAUUAUGCGCAUGUAACACACAUGUACAUUUGUCAACAAUAUGUAUGUCAUAGGUACUAUGGUAAAAUAAUUAAGACAUUAUACAUUUUUUUUAGUAAUAUUUGUUUAAUAUCGUACCGAUUUUCCCAAAUUUUUUCCCGGUUUUUCACAUUUGUUGGGAAAACUCCUAGGAAAAUCGAAGAAUGAACUCUCUAAAGUACUUUUCUAGUCAGAUUUUAUUUCAGAAAAAGUGAUAAUAUUAUAUUAACACUAUAAAUUGGAGCGAAAUUGUAGAAAAGUUGUUCACAGAAAAAAAAGGCCAUAAUAUUUUUUUUAACUAAUAUCUACAUUUUUUACAUUUUUCCGUUUCAUCCGAUUUAUUGAGAAAAUUCCCGAGGAAAUUGAUAAAGUAUCUCCCCAGUCCGAUUUUCUUCAGAAAAAUCGCUACACUUAAAAAUCGGAGCAAUAUUUCUGGUAGAAUUUUUGUACGCAGUAUAAAAAUAAACAUCUUAGUAAAGUCAAUACAUUUUUCGUUGGACUCAGAAUCUGAAAUAAAACAUUUUAUUUUGGAUCUAUUAACUAUCAUUCAAAUUUGUAGUUUAUCUAGCUACUUUUUGGUCUGUUAAAAAUAAAAACAUGCAAAUUCAUAUACAUCCGAGCUCUAAUGAUUACAAAUAAUCGGAACAAAUAACAUAAUAAUAAUAUUAAUAUUUUCUAUUCUAACAUUGAUUAUGUUACAAAUGAAUUUGUUCCCAAAAUUCGUUAAUAUGAAUAAAAUCAUCCUUUAUGGUUUAGUAAUGAGUUACAAUUAUUAAUCAAACAAAAGCAAAAUACUCAUUAAAUUUUUAAAACCUUAAAUGCCACUGAAUUUUAUUUAAAAUUAUUUUUUCUUCGUAAUAAAUGUAAAUUUAUACGAAGCCGUGAUUAUAGAAAUUAUAUUAAUAACGUUCAACGUUAAUGGCAAUCCUAAAUAUUUUCCGAAGUUUUAUAAAUCUAAAAAAUCACUAUAAUAACUUCCUGCAUUUAUGUCAUACCAUGAUAAGGAAGCCAAUACUGGUGACGGUAUUGUUAACUUAUUUAAACUUCAUUUUUAUAAUGCUUAUAAACUGCAUUCGUUAAAACAUCUUCCUAAUAAGUGUUCAAAUAACUCUUUAGCUUCCCUAAAUAUUGUACAUAUUAUUUUAUUAGACGUUAUUGACGAACUAUGGUUUGUUAAUUUAUAUACUUCUAUAAUAGUCCUAAUGGAAUUUCUGCUUUAUUUUUGGAGGAAUGUUCGUUCGUUCUAUCCCCAGUUAUUAUUUAUUUAUUUAAUACUUCUUUAAAUUCAAACAUAUUAACAGAUAAAUGAAAGUUUUCUUAUAUAACGCUUACUUUUAAUAAAGGUGAUAAAUUUGUUGUUACUAAUUACCGUCCAAUAUCUAUAAUCUCUAUACUCUCCAAAUUAUUCUCAAAGUUAGUCAAUAAGAAAAUGUUGACUCUUUGUGAGUGUGUUAUUUCAAAUGAACAGCAUGGAUUUCGAAAGGGCCGAUUAGCAGUUAUAAAUCUAUGUAUUUUCAAGCAGUCUAUCAUGAUUAUACAUUUGAUGAUAAAGCACAGUUAGAUGUGAUACAUACAGAUUUUAAAAAGGUUUUCGAUACUGUACACUAUUUUCUUUUAAUCUCUAAACUAGAAUUGUAUGGUUUUGGUUACCAUAUUAAUACUUUUUUGACAAAUCGAGUUCAAACUGUGAAAUAUGAGAACCACAUAUUUAAUAUUAUUAAUGUAUCCUCUAGCGUUCCACAGGGUGACCAUUUGUCAACAUUAUUAUUUUUUAUUUUUCUUAAUGUUAUAAUUUAAGUUAUAAUAAAUUAAAAUUGGUAAUUAUCUGCAGAUGAUACUAAACUCAUAAAUCUACUCUAUAAAAAUACCCAACUAAAUUAAUACAAAAAUUAAAUGUUAGAUACUGUGAAAUUACUCCAAUCUUAAUAAUUUGCAUUGGUAGUGUAUUGAAAAUUGUAUGAUAUUGAAUAUUGAAAAAAACGUCUUAGGAUAAUGGGGACGGGUGCAGCCACUGUUAUAGAUAAUUUAAUGUAUACCUAACGAUAAACCAUUGCUUACGAAAAAACGAUUUUGAGUGAAGUUCAGUUGAUAGUAAUGCUUUGUCAACAAUAUAUAUGUAAUUUUAUAUUAAAAAAUAAUUAAAUAGGCUUUAUAUAUUUUCUUUAGACAUUUUUGAUUAAUGUUGUACCGAUUUUCUCAAUUUUUCUGAAUUUGUUUUCGGUUUUCCAAUGUUUUUUCCGGUUUUUUACAUUUUCUGGGAAAACUCCUGACAAAAUCGAAAAAUGACCUCUCUAAGGUACCUUAUCAGUGAAAUUUCCUUUUAGAAACAUUGCGAUCAAUAUAAGUUAGAGCAAAAUUGUUACUAGAAUAGUUGUGCACAGAAAAAAAGAAGGCCGUACCUAAUAUAAUUGAAUUAAUGUAUACAUUUUUAUAUUUUCCCAUUGUUUUUCGUUUUUUCAAAUUUUAUGAGAAAAUCGGAAAAUGACCUUUCCAAAAGGAAAAUUGACUUCCUUAAAGUAUCUCCUCACACCGAUUUCCUUUUAGAUAAGGUGCUACACAUAGAAAUCCGAGCAAAUCUUCCGGUAGAAAAGUUGUUAACAGAUAAAAAAAAAAUAAAUAAAUAAAUAUCUUUGUAAAACUAUAUGCUUCAUCGUUCCACUCAGUAUUUAGAAUGUACCUCUAUUUCUUUUUUUUAGAAGAAAAAUAGUUUUCUCAACAAAUUUGGAAACCCGAAAAAAAAAUGGGAAAAUGUAAGAAAUGGAGGCAUUAGUUAAAAUAUAUUUUUUUUUCUGUGCACAACUUUUGCUCUAACUUUUAAUGAUAGCAAUGUAUCUAAAAGGAAAUUUUUCUAGUGAGGUAUUUUAAAUAGGUCAUAUUUUAAGUUUCUGAAGAGUUUUCCCAGCAAAUGUGAACAAUUGUGAUAAAACGUAGGAAAAAUGGGAAAAUUGGUACAACAUUAAACAAAUAUUGUUAAAGAAAAUAAAUGAAGCCUAUUUAAUUAUUUUACUAUAAAAUUAUAUAAUUAUUGCUGAAAUAGCAUCACUAUCCUUAUUCCAAACUUGAAUAUGCCUCUUUAAUUUGGCACUCGGAGAGCAUUUCUUAAUGUCAGUGUUUAAAUUUUGUUCAAAAUAAUUUUUAAGAAAUUUAAGCUUUAAAUGUGAAUUUCAAAAACUUCUUCAUUCAGUGUAUGAUUAUAUUAGCAGUAUAUUUUAAUAUAAUUCCAUUAAAUAACCACAUAGAUUGCCCUAAACUAAUUGAUCGUAUACAUUUUAAUUUAAUUCUUCUCUAAUUCUUAAUUCAUUUAAUUCUAGGAGUAAAUUCUUAUUUUAUCCUUUGUUUAGUUCUAGUACAUAAUAUGUAUACAUACUAUAUGUACUACUAGUAUGUAUACAUACUAUACAUAAUAUGCACUCUCCUACGAAUAAACUUAUAUCGGUUGGUAAUUCUAUGUGUAAUAUUGAUUUAUUUAAUACAUCAUUCAAUAAGUUAUAAUAUGUAUUGUAACUUGCAAAUUCAGUGUAGCCAUUAACUAAUUUUUAUAAUUUGUAUGUUGCUAUGAUAUUCUUAACUUUAUAUUAUUAUAUUUAUUUCUUCCCCUCUUCUUUACUUAUUUCUUAUUCUUUUUUAUUGUAUACAGUUUUAGUUUUAAGUUAAAUGAUUUUAAAUUGUAUAAUUAUUAUUGUAUAUUAUUUUAGUAUUGUUAAAUUUCGUAUUGACUAUUUUAAAAACUGUACUAAAAUGAAUUCGAGCCAUUCAUCCAUAACUUUUUUACCUAAAUCACAAUUAUUAAAGUAAGCAGGUACUUAUAGAAAACAUUAAAUUUAAAAUUUUUAAAACAAAGAAAUAUAAUAUUAUUGCAGUGAAAAACGCGUGAAUUUCAACGGAAUUGUGCAAACAUAAUUUCAUAAAAAUACGUCAAAAAAAAUUGUUGAGUUUUUUUUACCGACUGUAAUACCUACCAAAAGUAUUGUUUUAUUUGUUUUUGUAUUUAGUUUUAAGAAGUCAAAUUUAGAUAACAAAGUUUUUGAGUUUAAAAUUCCCUCUACACCAUACAAAUAUAGUUUUGGGCGCCACUGAGUGUCAGAAUUGUAAUAAAUUACCGAUAUUUAAAUCAGUAAGCGAACGACGAAAUUAAUAGUUUUAACUACAGGAAUAUGAAAAAAAAACCUACAACUAGUACAACCGCUUAGUUGUAAAUUUUCCCAUAUUUUAGAAUGGGAAAUAGUCUCGGACGCCACACUAACAUCUACUAUCUACAUCCGUCUUAUUAACGCGAGACAGCAAAUUUGCAUUCAGUAGGACACAUUUUGUAUCGUUAGUUUUAAUAUUAAAAUUGACCUAUGACCAAAAUUAAAGGUAAGGAUAUGUGCUCUAGCGUCGAUAUUUUAAUUUUAAAUGAGAUAUGAGUAUGUAAAAUAUCACAAUAUAAACAUGGUUAUAACUUGCUUAAACAUUAAACUAUCAAAAAAAUAUCAACGCUAGGACAUAUAUAAUCUUCUUACCUUUAAGUUUGGUAAUACGUUAAUUUGCUUUGAUAUUAAAACUUACGGCACAAAAUGUGUCCUACUGAAUGCAAAUUUGCUAUAUCUCGUAUUUGUAAGACGGAAAUAGUAGAUAUCGGUAUGGCGUCCUUUUAAUAAUUAUGUUCUAUGUAUAUAGAUAUGUUAUUUAUUUUUAUUUUUGACUACCCAGUACCACCACGUAUGAUUAUUAAAAUAUUAUUCAACUUCAGCACUAUGAAAUAUGAUAUAAUCUGAGGAGUGUUGGCGGGCAUUUUCGCCUCAGGUAAAUUCGGUCAGAGUUUCACGUCGCCAAAACAAUUCAAACACGAUUUUUAUAAUGUAUAGCAGUGUCUCCUCUUAAUUUGUCCACCCGAGGCUGUACUCGCAACGCGUUUGAAUUGGCCCCUUAUGUAAAAUGUCAUUGGAUACCUAUGUAAUUAUCGGUUUUCUUUUUCUUUUAACGAUCGUCUACUUGUAUCAUUAUUCAUUUUUUUUUUUAAUCGUUUAUAAUAAUAAUAUUAUAAUCAUAUGAUGUUGGAGGAAGUACAAUCAUUAUAAUAAUAUCGUUUGUAUAAUAUAGGUAAGAUAGGUAUAUACAAUAUUGUCUGAUCACUUAUGCAUACAAUAUAUAUAUAUAUAUAUAUAUAGGACGUAAUAAUAUUUUAAGAACAAGUCAUCCGGGUGCAAGUUACGAGGAUUUUAAUUGAAAAAUUAAAUACCUAGGUAUUUAUUAAAUAAAAUAAAAUAUUUCGAGUUUCAUCAAUGACGCAGUUGAUGACUAUACCGACUAUGUCAUAACGUAGGUACGCCAUGUAAAAGAAAUUGAUAUUAUAUUGUUAUACGUUCAUUGGCAUGUGCAGAGGGAUGGGAUAGGGGUUUUAUCUCUCAAUGACUUAAAAAUGAACUAUGAAUUGGAAUUAAUUUAGUAAUUUUACACUGAAAUUAUAUAUUUUAGUCAAAUUACAAGGAAAUAAGGUUAAUUUAUUAAAUACAAAUUGGGCUUUUCAAAUUUACCUUUUAAUUCUCAUUGUCGGGUACUGAAUAAGAAAAAUUAUAAGAUAUAUGCAUGGAUUAUUAUUUACUACAUCCCUUCACAAUGAAAACUUCUGGGAACGCUACAUAUUUUGUACAUUAUUAUUAUAUCAAUUUGAAUAUUUGAAACAUAAUAUGUGUUUUAUCUAAAUAUAUAUUCACGAAUGACGUUAAUAGAACGUUAUUUAAUCAAUAUAAUAUUAAUAUUAUAUACUAUAAGCAGGAAAUCCGAAUCGAACGCUACAGCAAAAAUCUCUCAAACCAUGUGAGAAUAUAGCCUAGUUCACGUUGAAAUAUGUUUCGUAUCAGAGGGCGGUGUCCGAUAGACCGGUUAUAUUAUUAUUAUGCCAAAGUAUAGUAGGAUAUGACCGGUUCUAUUUCCAGUACUACUACCUACUAAAUCGUAUUUUAUACUUUAUAAAAAUGCGGUUAUCCUUUGUAGAAUGCACUUUGUUGACCAUGCACGUUGCAGGUUCCGAGGCCGAUACACCGUAAAACCAUUGUGUGAUAAUAUUAUUAUAUAUACGUAAUAAUAAAAUAUUAUUAUAUUUUUAAGUAGUCAUAUUUUUCAUUCAUACAAAAUAUUUAUGUAAAUUUAUCGUUUCCGUCGCCUUAAACCACAUACUUUAUAAUAUAUUAUACGUAUAAACCGUAAACAUUUGAAUAUCAGCUGUUUGAUUAGGUUAUACCUUAGAUUAGAUUAUACCUACUUACGAUUUAAAAGAAACGCUAUUCUCUUAUAAAUCUUAUAAAUUUCCUUUAAAAUAAGUACCUAUAAUACCAUGGAUUAUAAUAGUAUUUGUAAUCAAAGCUAAUACCCAAAUUAUUGUAUAGGUACCUAUCUAAUUUGUUUUUAUUAUUAUGAGUAGUAGAUUAUCAAUAAUGUCUACUGGGACGGAUACAUUUACAACAAUAAAAAAUAAAAGUUUCAUUGUUUUCCUUCCAGAAAUUUUGUUUGGAAUUUCUAGAAUAGCAUCUUUACUAAAAUAAAAUUGUCUCUAUUUGGUAAUUAAGAACAUCAUUUUUGAUUUUCUUUAUCGUUUUCUGAACAAUUAGGAAAAACGGGAAUAACAGUUUCAUUAUUUUCGAUUUUAUUUUUUUCUAAUUCGGUUUAAAAUAAUCUUAAAUAUCUGAAAUUUUUACAGAAUAUACUAAUAUAUCUUUCAUAUGCGUGAUUAAUUUUUAAAACUUUUCGAAAUAAACGUUUUUUUAAGUUAUUUAUAGGCAUUUGACAUUUUUGAGUUUUUUUUAUUUUUUACUUGGUUAUAUAAUAUAGAUAAAAUUGUUUUUGCCGAGCAAAAAUGGUUUUAAACAAUUUUACUCGAAUUUCAUCAUAAGUUGUUCUUAAUGAUUUUUCAACUAGAAAGAAAUCGAGCAUAAUGUAGUCAUUUUUAUUAAGAAGCAUUUUAAGUUUAAAUUUUGACGGAAAUCCUAAAACUUAUGACAUUUAAAAAUUAGUUUUACCAAACUAUUCUUAGAAUCGUCUGCAAUAGUUUAUCAUUACGUAGUAUAUCAACAUUAUUUUAGAGACCUGAAAUUUUUGUUAUAUAUUAACAUUGGCCUUUUCUAGACUUGAUAAAAUCUAUUUAUUUUUUUGUGUUUAAAAAGUCUUUAAGGCAAUUUGCACGCUUCAACCAAGAUUUUUCAUUCAUCACGAUUCUUUGCAGAUGACAUUGAAAUAAUAAUAUUAUACUAUAAUAUAAUGCCUAUAUAAUUGAUUUGAGUGAUAGUUCUAAGGCAGAUUGAAUUAUAAAUUACUUAUAAAAAUAUAUAAAUUAAAAAUUUAUCUUUUUAUAGCCUAGGUACAAGUUAUAUAAUAAUAUGACAGAUUCAUCAAACUAAAUAUCUUCCUCCUUAAAAAAUUCUAAAUAUUUGCUACUGAAUCGAUUGAAAAUAACUGAAUGGGAAUAUUAUUUAUACCUAUAAAAAAUAUUUGCUAAAAAUAGGGUGUUGUAAAUAAAUCAAUUAUUUUAAGAGUUAAUGUAGUUUUUUGACAUAAUAAUUAAUUGACUAAACUUACAGGACCUAGUCUUAUGAACAAAAACGCUUUCAUUUAUCUGAUUAUUGAACUGAGUUUAUGGUUGAUAACCAUUCAAGAUUGGUCGCAGAGAUCUUUUUUAGACCUUGAUUAUGGGGGGGGGGGAGGUUAGAUUAGGUUAGGCGAAUUAAUUAAAUUUAAUAUUAAUGAUUGAUAAGAAAAAACGGUCAUAUUUUGAAUUUCAAUUUACAUUAGCUUAGAAGAUUGCAGAUAUAUUGUACAAAUGCAGUAAAACAGUACAAUUUAAAUGUUAAUUUUUUUUUUUUCAAGUUGAAUAAAUAAUAAUUAAAAUCAUGAUAAUGUAAAUAAUAAUAAUAAUAAUAAUAGUCAUAAAAGUUAGAUGACCAAGUCCAAAAUACUUUUAUUUUAAGCAGCGUUUUGCAAUCGGAUUGACCAACAAUAUGUUCUAUAUUACCUAAUGUUUUCAUUUAGAUGAAUAUUUAAAAGUGAUAAGCCUCUGUUCAAAAUUGUUUUUUUCCACAAAGUACGACUUUUAAUAAACCUCGUGUUAAGUUCUCAAGCAUUUCUGUUUGAUCUAACAAUUUUUUCUACAGAGUACCUACUGAAUAUAAAUUGUGUACAAAACUCGCAAAAUUAAAAUGUCUAUAAAUUGUUCAACAAUUUUAUCGCUUCAAGAAAAGACAAAUAUAGGUAUUCUGUCCAAAUUUCAAGUAUCUGGAAAUAUUUUAACUGAAUUACAAUAAAAAAUAAAAUUGAAAAUAAUAAAAGUAUUAUUUUCGUAAAUUUGUAUGUUUUUCUUACGAUUUAUCCCAGGUUUACCUGAUACUAUGAAAACUGCUUGGAAAAUCAAAAAAAUGACCUUCCUAAAGUACCAUCUAGUCAAUAUAAUAAUAUUUUAUUUUGAAAAAGGUGCUACACUUACAUAUUGAAGCAAGAUUUCUGAUAGAAAUUUUCGUCACAGUAUAUAUAUAUAAAAAAAACAUUGCUACACUCGGAAUCUAAAAUUUAAAAUAAAUUAAUCAUUUUCAAUUUUGAUUAUAAAAAUAUAUCAUGUUAUUUUAUCUCUGCAAAUUGAUUAUUUCCAACUUAAUUUUCCAUAAUUCUUUCUUACUUUUGAGAGAAUAUUUAUUGAAAUUUAUAAAUUAGAAGUGUUUCAUUCUUGUUUCAAUCAAAGUAUUUCCAAGAUCCGGAAUCAUCUUUAUGGCAUUUGGAACCAGUUGCAUUUGUACUUAAGAACUAUGGAUAUGGAUAUUUAUAUGAUAAAAAAGAACAUCACACAGCUUAUGGGGAGGGGGGCGUUCGCCUCCCUGCUCCCCUCAGGGAGCUAAUUCAAUUGGCUAUAAUAAUAAUAAUAAUCAACUAGUUAAUGUGAUGCGAUUAUAACGUGCUGCAUAAUUUUAGGUACUUUUCUCUAAACUUUAAAAAAUUAUUAAAAAUCACGAAUUUAAUGAAAAUAAAAAUUUGAAUUCAAAGUUGAAAAUUUUAAAAUUUUCUGAGGAAUAAACUCUAUAAAAUGGUUUUCUUCAAAUUUUUUGAAAAUAAUAAAAUAAGAAGUUAUUUUUUUAAAGUAUUUUAUGAAAGCAUAAAAAAAUUAAUUGAAAUAUAAAUAUUUGUAGUACUGUGAGUAAUAUAAAAAAAUAGAGUUUGAUUAUUAUUAUUAUCUCCGAAGGUGUAAUAAUGAAUAUAUUUUCAUGGGACACCUGUAUAUAUUUUCCACGCAUUUUGGUUAUUAUAAAUCGAUAUUAUCAUAUAAAUUUGAUUGCAAUAUUAAUAAUCACGAACGUUUAUGUAUAUUUCAGAUGGAGAGGUAGCGUCUACAAGCUUGUAUGGAGGGAAUUAGCAGCAUACUUGAUGGUUUAUUUUGCUAUAAAUUUGGCAUACAGGUUUGCGUUCACAGAAGCUCAACAAAAGUAUGUUAUAUAAUCAAAUUAUUAUACAUACAUUAUGUAAAUUAUUAUACAUAUAAAAUAAUGCUAAAUUACCCCUUAAACGCGUAUGGUAGAUACUAGGUAUCAUCCGUAUAAGUGUUGCGUAAAAAAAUUAAAUUGAUUUUUAAUUUAAAGUGAAUCAUGUGAGUGGAAAUAAUAAAAUAUAGGAUAAGUUAUUGGUAAGUUGGUAAAAUUAAUUAUUAUAUAAUAAUAUGUUAGGGCACAUAAUAAAAUAUAUUCUUCGCUCUGCUCAGAAUCUAAAAUGCGUAACAGCAACUUAUAUAGACUGUAGUAAUGUGACUCGUAUAUUUGAUAAUAGUUUUAAAAAAAUACUCUAUCGCUUUGGUUCGGAUAGGUUAGGUUAGAAGAGAUCCUACAAGAAUAUAUGUGCUCAGAAGAAGUCAUAGAUGCCAGGGUCUCAAUCGUUUUGCUCUUCAACGCUCGGUUUCUGAGUAAUAUUAUUGGGAAAUAGUAAGUUCUUACAUGAGACCUAUCAGGUAAAAAAAUACAUAUGUUAGUUCCUACACCGUAAAAAAAAAGGUAGGUUAAAUAAAAAAUUAUAUUUGUUGAGAAGUUUGCUGAGCCGGAAAACUAAAAAGUAGAGAAUUCAAUAAUAGUAUAAUAACAAUAUAAUAGUAUAGAUAAGAUGUAAUAAUAUAUUCGUGCUCGUUUCAACCGCUAUUAGUAUAUGACGAUAGUUUCUCGAUAAAAUUGACAUUUAAAUUCAAUUUUUGAACUCACAAACAUUUGCGACUUUUUAUUACUGAUAAAAUUGAUACAAAAGACUUGUUUUUGGUUUGGUAAUAAUUAAAUCUAUUUACAGAAUACUGUACACUAAGUAGGUAAUUUAUCUUAAACUUUUAUUCUAUAAUGCAUUUUUUUUUUUAAAUAGGUAAAACAUGUAUUUACAAGUAUUCGUUUAAUAUACAGUAUUGUUAUAUGUUUUUUUUUUAUAAUUUAUUGUUCAUUUACAAAAUUUAUUAUGAUUUUUAUUUGAUUUUUCAAGACAUUUUGAAAUAAAAAUAAUUUGUUUUGGCGAUCUAAGAUGAUAUACCUAACGUUAUUAAUUUUAUUAUAUUACUAAAUAUGAAUCAAUGUUUCAGAUUUUUAUAGAAUUUCUAAACGAGCUUUUAUAUUGUAUUAUUUAAAUUGAAAUGUAUUUUUGAUUAAUAUUAACGUAUGAUAAUAAAUCGACCUGUUUUAAAUACUUAUAUUUUUUUUGCAGGUUAUUCAUAAAAAUUCGAUGUUACUUGGCCGGACAUUCUGCUAGCGUCCCGUUGACAUUUGCCAUGAGCUUUUAUGUUGGUUUAGUAGUGAAACGAUGGUGGGAACAGUAUAGGCUGUUGCCAUGGCCGGAUACGUUGGCUCUUUUCGCAAGUGCAGCAAUACCCGGAACAACAGUAAGUAAAAUGAAUACAAAAUUAAUUUUGAAGGAACUAAACUACACAAAGUUUAGAUUUUCUAAUAUUAUCUGUGUCAUCAAAACCUCCACGGUUAUAAUCGUCAACAAUUCAUAAUAUUUUAUUCUUACGCACCGUAUAUUUAUAGUUAUUAUUAUAAUACUAACUGUAUAAAUUUAGUACUAUACGAAUUCGCAAGUGGUUUUUUGAUUGUUUCGUUAUUCAGGUUAGCCGACAAACUAUAGGCGGUUUUAACAUUUUCCGAUUUAAGAGAAGUAACAUUUCACGUAUUUUUAAACAGAAACUUUAACACCGAUUUUCUGAAUUAAAUCCGAAUUAUCAUUAUUUUUCGAAAUAUCAUAGAUGGUUUUUCGAAUACAAGUAUUCGGUCAUUGAAAAAAUAUUCUAAUGAAAUAUUCGAUAAUGUCUAAACUAUCGAUAGUAUAACUAUUCACAAGAGCACAUCACUAAUCAUAAUUAUCUAUUCAUAACGUUAAUGAUUAUCGUAGCAUUUAACAGGUAUACAUAACAGUUUUAACCAUAAUUAUUAUUGUUUAUACCUGGCUAUUUAUUUUAGGACGAAAGAGGUCGACUGAUGAGAAGAAACAUAGUGAGGUACGCUGUACUGGCUUACGUUAUUACUCUAAAACACGUGAGCAUAAGGGUGAAAAAACGAUUUCCUACGUUACAACACAUCGUUGACGCUGGUAAGUACUUCACCAUACCUAAUUAAACGAUCCCAAAUAUUUAGCUAUUUUUAUAUAGAUAUUAUAUACGAUGACCAAAAAAUAUAUCCUGUCUCGUCGUCUUGAUUUAUUUGAAUAUAAUUAGGUGUAUAAAUAGCCAACUAUAGCCUACAUGUCUAUCUAUAAUAUUAUAGCCAACGUUAUCAAAAUAAUAUGUAUCAUGUUAUAAACAUUUCUGUUGGUUUAUUUACUCGAUUAAAUUAACCGUCAUCAUACCUAUACCUACCUAUUUUUCCGAACACGUGGUACGACCGGUUUUAAUUUCGCGUAGGACUGCAGCAGCCCAGAAACCCGUUGCAGUAUAGGUACUUAUAAUAUAAAUUUAUUCAAAGAAUGCGUGACUGUUCAAAAGCGGUUUGAAAAAAAAAAUUGGAUCAUUUCGUACCUAUAAUAUAGAUUUGCAUCAAUCAGAUUUGAGAGAAAAAUCGCCUCGGCACGCGUGGUAUCUGAUGACGACAACGUCCGAGUGAAAUGCUGAGGUACUUAUUGUAUGUUUUGUAAUACUUAUGAUCGUAGGUACACCAGAGAAGUUUUUUAACCGUACCGAUUAGCAUAUGACUGCAGGAAUUGUUUUACACGCAUAAUAAUAUUAUAAUAUAAUACACACACUUAUUUUGACCUAGAGCGUAAAUCCGUAGUGCUGUUGGAAAUGGAAAUAACAUACAUAGGUAGGUGCCUAAUUAUUAUGCGUGAUGCAGAGUAUAUAGGUACAACAAUACUUAAAUAGUGGUGUUCGCGCGCAAGGUUAUACCAGGUAUAUACCAGGAUGGGAUCGUCACGAUUGGAUUAGUUUCGACAAUAAUAUAAACAACAAUGGUCAAUUGACAUAUUAUUUUUUAUCUCACCGUUCUUAUAAUUCGAUUAUAUUUUUAUUCUAAUAACAUUAUUUCCAUAGAGUUUUAUGGUAUAGGUACCUAAAAACCCGUAUCUAUAUAUGUUAUUAAUGGUUUAUUACACGACAACAUUUUUUAUAGUUGUUUCGCGGAAAAAACAUUUUUUUUUUUUAAUUUACGAAAUAAGAAAUAAAACGGAGAUCGUGAGUCAAUCGUGAUUUUUAACGAUUUCGCUUCUUUUUUUAAAUUUAUAUUAGAUAGGUACCUAUAGUUAUUAAUUAUUUGUUUUGUUCGUGUAUAUAUGACCUUUGAAUCAGGGUGUGACGUUGUGUAUAUUAUUAUUAUGUUUAGAAUUGUUUUUCGUUAUUGAGUAGAUAUAUAUUAUAAUAUACACUACACUACGAAACGAUUCUAUCUAUCUGUGUAACAUAAUAGUAAAUAUAUUACCUAUGCAUUUAUUUGUUGUUCAGAAACAAAGUUUCAAGGAUUUUACUUCCGAGUCCUGUUAUCAUUCUAUGCGAACACGCGUUUUUAAUUUACAUCAAUGUUAAUGUUUUAUGCACGAAUAUGCUAUUUGAAAUUUUUAUUCUCUGUCCAAUUUUAGUUUCCAUAAUUUCAAAUAUUGAUUACGAUUUUGACAGAGUACCUAUUAUGCAUAUCAGUUAUUCGCAAUCGCACUAGUCAUUCACGAUUGACAUGUUCUUUUUUAUUAUAGAGUUAUAUUCUUUCUAUCAUAGGCUAACAAAUAUAUCAAUGCGAGUAUUUAUUUAUUAAUUAAAUUUUGAAGUAUAAAUAUUUCAGCCGAGUUACAAGGAAUAUAAAUUGGGGUUUAUAGAACCGGAUUAUAAAUUACCAUUGUCGGAUUAGGUAAAUAGAUGAAGAUUGUAGGAUUUAUUAAUGAUUAUUAUUUAUUACGAACCCUCUUGUUGAAAAUUUCUGAAUAUAUAGAGAUUGAAUAUUGAACAUAUAGAGAACUUGUUUUAAAUGUAUAGUUUAGCUAACUGAAAAAUACAAAUUCGAGUUUUGUUGUGCGUAAAUAAAAUACUAUACUGUUAUAAAUUAUUGUUUAUAUAUAGACAAUAUACAUGUGUAUUUUUGGAAAUAUGGCUUACAGUCUAUAAUAUAUGUAUCCAUACCUAUAAAGUAUAUACUUUUGGGGGUUGGCGGGCUGAUGUUGUUGAACAUGUAAAAAACUUGGACACGGCACAGGAAUCAUGUUGGAGAGCGAGAAAAAAAUCGUGGAAAUGAUGGACGAGAGGAGCCCAAUGUCCAAGUAUUGGAUGCCGUUAGUGUGGGCGACCAACAUCAUAAACCGGGCUCGCAGAGAGUCACUCAUAUCCAGUGACCAGGUGGUCCAGACGCUUCUCGUUGAGUUGUCGGAUAUCAGGCGCAGACUGGGCUCUUUGAUCAGCUAUGACACCGUUUGCGUGCCGCUCGUCUAUACACAGGUCAGCAUUUUGCCAAUGCCCUACCGACAAAAUACGUAUUAUAUAUACACAUAAUACAUUUUUAGCGUUUUUGUUCUUGUUUCAUUAGUAUUUUCAUUUUUUUUUUCUUUAAUCGUCUCCCUUUGAAAAUUUGCUGAAAAUCUUAUUCAAAAUACUAUAUUAUAGCCAUUUUAGAGCGAAUUGUAAUUACACUACAUAUAAUUUUUAUACGAACAAAACUAAAUACCUACUUAUUGUCAUUGGCAUUUUGAAUUUUUUAUGCGUUAUGUGUACACUAUUCAAUCUUGUCGAGUUUAAAAUAUGUACGGUUUGUGGACGUCAGAAAGACCAAGUUAAUGUUUUUGAAAGACAUUAUAAUAUCUAAAUAUUAAGAGUAUUUAAAUUAUAUAUUGUUGUAUCUUACAAAAAUAUUUACUUAGUUUUUCCGUCCUAUAUAUACAGCGUAUAUUAUCAUGUUCAUAAAUGAUUACCUAUUAACAAUCGACCACUGCAAUACUUUAAGGUUAAUAUUAUUUUUCAGCAGAUUUCUCACGGGAGAACUAAUAUCGUUAUUUUCAUUAAUAUAAUAAUUAAUAAAUUUAACUUAUUAAUGACUAUGAUAAUAUAGUCGUUUAUUUUAAAUAGUAAUAAUAAAAAAAUUUUAAAUUGUAAUAAUAGUAAGCGUGUUGAUUUCUUGGUGUGACAUUAUUCAUUUUUUUUCUUGCUUGUUUUUUUUACAUAAAUACCUACCGACCUAUUAAUAUUGCUUAAGCUUUGCAUGCGCAUGCGUAUUAUACUAACGAAUAUAUAUUAUAAACAAUAAUUAUUAAUACCUACACACAUAAAGCAAUUUGGAAAUUGUACGGAUUGCGGAUAUACACUAUAUAUUAAGUGCGAUCAGAUGUUUUAAGUUUCGGAAUGACGAUCCUGACUCGACAACUACAUAUAGAAAUGUAUUCAAAGGAUCUAAACAUUAUUAUUAUACCUAAUCUCACGGUGUCAAAACAAUGAAAAUGCUGUACCUGCCUACUAUUAUACUGUCAUGCGUAUUAUUUUUAACCAGAAUCUAUAAUAAUAUUGAAUGAUCGCGGUUAAAAAAAAAAAAAACCGUUUGAAUUAUUUUUAACCGCCGAACUAGUUGGAUCGGUUUUUCGGUUAAAAUAAUUAUUAUAUAAGUCGGCCCGGAGCGUCUCGCACAACAAAAGCUUAUAAAUCAUCAAUAUACCAACUCGUCAUCAUAUACAAUAAUCAAAAUCAAAUACAUUAUAAUAUUUAACUCCACAAUAUUGUAUUAUUAUUACAAUUAUUGCCUAAACAUGUACAUACAAAUUUAUAACAAUACUUUACCAAAUAAGUAAUAAUUUAUUGUAUUAUGUAUACACGUAUUAUUUUUAUAAUACUAUCGCGGUGUUACAAUACAAGGAUAAACCCGUGUAACAUCAGAAUUAUUAUUAUAAAGGUGAACGUUUUGCAUGGCGGAUAAAUUUCACCUGUCACAAGAUGUGCCAGGCAUGCGAACGCGAAAUAUUGGUAUACAACAACAACAACAAUAUUAUUAUUAAUAUAUAUAUAAUAUUAAUUUUUUGGAGAAUAAUAAUUAAUAAUAACGCCAAAAAAUCACACCGGUCGCGUCCGAGUCGAUUUGGGUAUUGUCAGAGUGUCGUCCCCGAUCAUCAAUGCGUCGUCACUCGUCGUCGUCGCACGAUGAUAAGUCGUUUAAUAUUAUUAUUAUUAUAAUCACACGUACACCUAUCUGAUUAUUAUUAUUUUUUAAGAUCACCAUCGCUGUAUAAUUGCGUUCGUCAUAAUGUCAAUUGUCUCUCGAGCAGUUAAUUCUAAAUUUAACCGAUUACGUUGUGCGCGCGCGCGAGCGUGUAAGUAGGCAAAUGCGUUUGUAUAGGUAUCAACGCUAUGAUAUUAUAUCUACUCGUUGUUGUAAGUGCACACGUAAUCUAAUUGCCGAGAGAAAGUGUAGUACACCAUGACUAUUGAAAGAGAGAGAGAGAGAUUGUGAACGAGUGAAGUAGUAGAGGGACGUUUAUAUACUGUUGAAAUUUAACUGUUGCUAUUUUUACACUUCAUAUAUAUUUGAAUUCUACUUAUAGUUUCUCCCAACAGCGAAAUUAUUAAUCACCUAUAAUAUUAUUGUACAUACCUAUACCAUGGUGGUGCAGUGCUCUGCCCCGUGAGUUUCAUUCCAUUAAUAAUAACUGAUUUCGAAUCGAAUAUUAAUUCGGAUUAAUAUUAAUAUCGCACUUGUAUUAAAAUAUUUAAAACCGCGGUCGUAUUUUAUUAUAGUCAGCGUAAAAUUAAAAAUAUAAUACACUUUUGGGAAAUAUAACAUUUAUACUUACGCAAAACACAUUCAAAAUAAUAUUUAGGUGGCAAAAAAAAAAUAUUAUUUUCAAAUUCGUAUAAUAUACGAGUAAAAUAUGUAAUGCUCCUUUAUAUUAUGUAAAGGCUAACUACGUCCGUGGGCGUAACUGUGUAAUAUGCAUACAAUUUCAACAUUUUGUUUUUGAUAUUCAAUUAUACAUUUGUAUAAAUCUUCUCAUACUUAAUAUAAUGCUAUAUAUUAUUUAUACAACUUUCGUGUAACGUGUAUUAUUAUAUAAUAACGUUAUAUUGUUAUAUUUAUGUGUAACUGUGUGAUUCAUUUCACGAUUAACAUUUUUUUAUAUGCAAUAUGUUAACUAUAGUUAAUACCAACGCAAUUAAAGUACCCAGUGGCUUGAAAAAUGUAACAUUUUUGAGAGGCAAUCAGGCAAAUAUUAUGGUGGACCACCCACCCACUUACUCCACCAUUGGCGGAAAUUGUAAUUUAUAAUUUGAGGUGGACUAAUUUAUCUGUUUAUACGUUUUGAGCGAGCUUAGACCCCUCAAGCUCUCCACGACUUCCACCAAUGCACUCCACCUAACUCAAUAACUGAAAAAAAAUCUUACUCUUUGAAUUUGGUUUGAGGAUCAUUUGCUCAAAUAAGAAUAGAACUUUAGGCUUACAGCGUCUUACCAUAUCUAACUAGAAUAAUCCUCCAAAUUUGUAAAAUGUUCAUAUCCCUCUAUCUUGGCCAAAAAUAGUCUUUCAUAAAUGGUGAUAUAAGGACAUUUCAAUUGCCAUAUUAUAAAUUGCUUUGAUUCGCUCAAACUGUGUGUUUAUGGCUUAAACCAUAAACAUUGGACAGUGAUAUAGUGAAUAAUUUAAUAUUAUUUAUUGUAUUAGUGUCGUAAUAUACUUUUUUGAUGUUUGUCUGUCUGUCCGUAUACCUUUUAUUGUUUAUACGGUAACGAAUUUGGAACACGGUUCUCAUUAAACGAUUAGUCAGGCUUUUAUUGAUUUUUAGCCCAUUUAAUGUAUUAUUCGAUGGGAGCUUACGCUACUUAGAUGUUUCGAUUUGUAUAGGUUUAUUAUUUUUGUUAUUACCUAAAAAUACUACUAUAAUUUGAAAUUAUUUUUAUAAUUAUUCAAUUAUGUUAUUGAAAUAUACACUAAACACCCACCACCAAAUCUUCCAAAAAUCUCAAAUUAGUAUUCGUCAUACUACGACAAGUAGAUUCCUGUAUAAUAUUAUUAAAGUCAGCACCAUAUUAUUAUCAUAUUACUUGUAUAUUUUAGUAUUUUUUUUUUUUUUUGUCAUACAAUUGCAAUAUGUAUUAUUUACAUGUAUAUUUGUACCCAUAUCAGUUGCCUACAAAUAAUCCGUUGUCACUCGAUACGUAUUAGGUAUAUUAAUAAUCGUGUACCUAUCUAGCUAUUAUAAUAUUAUAUAUUCAACGGACAUUCAAAAUUCGUCAGUUAUGUCAAACGAAAAUAUUACUCACACCAGUUCUAAAAAUAAAGUUAUCUGCGAUGAAACGUUUGAUAAUAUAUAAUACAUAGUCUGAAUAAAAAAUAAUGGCGGACGUAGGUUUGAUGAUGGAUAGUGAAAAGGAGAUACUAGAAAUGGUGGAAGAAAAGACGGCGAUGACCAAUUAUUGGAUCCCGUUGACUUGGGCGACCAACAUCAUAAACCGGGCCAGAAGAGAGAAAUUGAUAUCCAACGAUCAUAUGGUGCAAACCAUACUAUUGGAGAUGUCAGACAUCAGGUACAGGCUGGGAUCGCUGAUCGGUUACGAUAAUGUCAACAUUCCCAUUCUCUAUUCGCAGGUCGGUAUCAUAAUAAUAAUUAUACUCAUUAUAGCGAUUAGGUACAUUUUUCACAGGUUUAAUGGUGGUGGUGUUUUUGCAUGUGUCUUCCGUAUAGUUGUAGAGUAGUGCUAUUUUUUGUUUAGAUUUUAGUUUUUUAGUUUUAUAAUAUUAACACGAUGCUGUAUAUAUUCGUAUAAAAUAUAGGCUAAUAAAAACAGACUAUUAUUAUAACGCGUGUUUGUAUUAUACAAUAUUAUGUAUUUAUUAAGUGUACGACUAUACGAGUAUAUAGGUAUCAAUGUACAUUACAGAAGUGUAAUCAGGAUCUUCUAAAACGUGUUGUUUUAAUUUUAUGUUUAAAUAUGACUUGUUGGGAGAGGAAGGCUUUCAGUGCUUUACAUAUCCUUCACGGAGUCAUAAAAUUUCAAUAGUAAUUAAUUAAAAUAAUUUUAUCAUUUAAUCUUAGAUUAUCUGUAACGAAACAAAUUUUGUAAAAAUCCGAAGCAUUUAGUAUUUAAUUAUGAUACAUAAAUUAAAUUAUUAACUAAGUAUUUAUGUAUUUUCAACUUAAAUAUGGUUAAGGAGGUAUUUUAAAAUCUAAACAUCUUCUCCCUCUACUACGCACUUGAAUUAUGUAACGAAGUUUCGAGGCACUACAAUCAUUGCGAAAAAUAAUAAUAUUUUUUACAUAUUUUUUUUGUUUUGUUCUUUUUAAUUCGACAGUUGCACAUAUUAUAUACCAACUAUUAUGGUUAUGAUUUUAUGAAGUACGUAUCUUUUCUACAUAUAUAUAUAUAUAUCGUAUAAUAUAAGUAUAUAUCUAUAGCGUUGGGUUACUAUUUACCAAAAAAAUAUUAUUCUUCAAUAUAUAAGUAUAAUAUUAUAUAAGUGUGCAUCCGACCAAAGUCAUUUGAUAAAAUUAUACAUAUACUAUAUAUACUAUACUAUAUUAUAUGUGUGUAUCUACAUAUUGUAAUAAUAAUUGUACUCUGAGACACGAUUGUAACCUUGGCCGUUCUGUACAGUUAUUGUUGAUUCUGCCUUCGGCAUGUGCUAAUUUUUAAGUUCCAAAUACCUUGGCGAACUAAUAUAGUAGAAGUAUACCUUUUUUCACUCCCAGCAACGUGUAAUUACCUACUAUACUUCGCUAAUUAUAAAAUGAUGUCAUAAUAAUAAUGUAUUAUAAAUAAAGGUUUAUUUAUUAGGUUAGGUAUACUAAAAGUAAAUUUUUAUAAUAAGAGAUGCCAUAAUGUCGAAUGAGAUAUCACUAAAAAGAAAUAAAAAAAUCCAACUUUUCGUUAUUUUUCAGAAUUUAUUUGUUUUAGAUUGAUAGCAUAGUGAGAGAUCUAAUGAUUUUACUAUGAUGUGUGCUUUUAGAUUCUGAGUGGAGCAAGAAAUGUAUUAGUUUUACAGUGAUGUUUAUUAUUAUUUUUUUUUGUUAUCUGUGAAUAACUAUUUUACCAAAAAUCUUGCUCCAAUUUACAAGUGAAGUACUUUUCCUGAAAAAAAUCUGGAGUGGUACUUUGAGAACGUAGUUUUUUGAUUUUCUCAGGAGUUUUCCCAAUAAAUGGGAAAACCGGGAAAAAAGGGAGGAAAAAUGGGAAAACAAGUACAAUAUUAAAAAAAAAAAAAAAAUAAUAAUAAUGUAUUUUAUUAUUACCAAACAUAAAUACAAUGAGCAUAUUAUUUUGCAUAAAAAGUUACUAAACCCCUAGUAAGCUAGUACUCGUUGUGUGGUUAAGAGUUCAAUAAUUUCUUUAAAUUUUUAGAAUGUAAGAUUUGUUACAUAAAAAGUUAAAUAAUUAUAAUCAAUAACUUACAAAUCUGAAAUGAAAUUUAUAAUAUUGGUAAACAGAUAUAAAUAAUAUAGAUAGCAAUAUAGAUGCCAUAAAAAAUUAAGAGCUGUAUCAAUAAUAGUAUAUAAAUAAAGUAAAGUAAAUAAAGUAUAUAGAUUAAUGCAUUUAAAACGAAAUAUAAGAUUAACACAUUCAGAAUAUUAAUUUAUUAAUGAAACUUGUUUACAAAAUAAAAUUUUUGCAACUUAAUAUAUUUAUAUUAAAUUUGAUACAUAAAUCAAUUCCAAUAUUUAAUGGAUUCAUUUUACCAAAAUUUGAGUUACAUUCAUACUUGGUAAAAUUAACAUUUUUUUGGUAUCUUGCAUGAUAGUCAUGAUAUUUUGGUGUAAGUAAAUGCUUAUACUGAAAAAUUAAUAGUAAUAAUCGCUUUUUAAAAUUUCUGUCUAAAUUUUGAAUAUUCAGGAUUUUAUGGAUAUUAGUAUUAUUGUCACUUGAUGGGUUGUUAAGAAUAUAUUUAAUUAAUCUGUUAACUGUGGUAUUUAAAUUGUAUAUAUGACUAGUGUAGACGGAGUACCAAAAUUCAAUACUAAAUUUUAAAAUUGAUUGCACUAAUGAUAGAUAUAUAAUACGUUUAUAUUGUGUACUACGUAUGUAUCUAAUAUAUUUUAGAAUAUAUAGAAUUUUCUAAUAAUUUUUGUUAAAAAAUAUAUUCAUAUAUGUACUCAUGUACACCAUUUCAAUUUAUUUUCAUAGUGUAAUCUAAGAUAUUUAAUGUUAUCUACUUCUAUUAACAAAAAACAAUUUAUUUUACAAUUUGAAUAGUUACAAGAAGAUGAGUGAACAUAUAUUUUUUUCUUAUGUUUAUCACAAUUAGUAUUAUUAAUUUUGAAGUGCAUAUAUUUAGUUUUAUUUAGAUUUAGUUCCAAUAAGUUAAUAUCAAACCAUGAUUUGACUUGAUUUACAAUCCUGAUUGUCUCAGAAUAUAUAUAUAUAUAUAUAUAUUUCACCAUAUAAUCUAUCAGACAUUAGUAUAACAUUAUCAUCUGCAAAACAAAUUAUUUUAGCAUUUAGUUUUAAGUCAGGUCAUUAAUAAAUAUUAUGAAGAACAGUGGUCUUAGGACUGUAAUUUGCAGUACACUAUAAGUUUAUUUUUAGGGAUUACUAUAUAUAUUAUUUAUUUUAACUAACUGAGUUUUGUUAAAUAAAUAGGAACUUAGUAAUUCAAAAGCAAUACCCCGAAUUCCUGAAUUUUACAAUUUUCUUAAAAUUAUUUUAUGGUUUAUUGAAUCAAAAGUUUUUUUAACAUCAAGGAAUACUCCUUUCACUUGUUUUUUAUCAAGAUUUUCAUGAAUGAAGUCAUUUAAUAUAAAAUGGAAAUUAUUAGUAGAUUUACUAUUUAUAAAACUAUACUGGUUUUUAUACAAAAAUUUUUUUUUGUCCAGAAAUCAUAUAAGUCUAGAUUUUAUACAUUUUUCUAACAAUUUAGAUUGUAAUAAAGAGAGUGGAGAUAGGGCGAUAAUUGUUACAAUUCAUUAUAUUUUCAUUUUCUUUAUAAUUGUAAAAAAUAAUUGAAAGAAUGGGACAAUGUAAGUAAAUAAUUAUUUUAUUAUUUAAAAUUUUAUUUUUUUAAUAUCUUCUUCUUCUUCUCAGGCUCAAGACAGAUAAUUAAGAUCUUUUGCUACUUAUUCAAUAUUCUUCUCCAAUACUUUUUAUCCGAUGUCAAACAAAUGCUGUAAGUAGGAUCUAUACUUGUUAAGUCUCUGUUCACCGAAUUCAUUCAUCUUUAAUAUGGUUUCUCCAAGGAUCUUUUUACAAUAGGUUUAUUUAUAAGAACGUUUCUUGUGAGACUUUCUUUUGCACGCCAUACGUGGCCAGCCUAUUAAAAUCGUUUACUAUAAAAGAAUUGGCAAAUAUUAGGUUUAUUAUAGUCUUCGUAAUUCAUCAUUUUUCUUUCUUUCUAAAGUACCUAAAUCCAUAUUAUACACCAGUCCAUGUAAUCUGCUCAGGAUUUGUAUAAAAAAUUUAUAACAUUUUUAUAAUUUUUAUACAAUAGCGAGUUUUCCUUCAUCGCUUUUUGAGCUGGCCCAUGUUUCACACGCCUAUGUUACUAUGGGGUGCAAAUACAUAGUGUAUAUGCUCUCUUUUGUUAAUUUAAUCUCUUUGAGAGAUCUCUAUGUGAUGCUAUUUUUGUCAUUAAUAUUUACAUUGAUAUUUAAAAUGAGAUGUUCAAAUGAGCUUUUUUUGUAGUUUCCUAUCCUGCAAUAACUAUAUUCUUAGUUUUAGCUUCGUUAACUUUAAAACCCAUGUUUAAACUUGCUUUGAAUAAUCUCUUUUUUUUACUUUUUUACUUUACCCUUUUUACUUCAUUUAUAGAUUUUCUCACAACGACUGAGUCACCUGCGAUGCCGAAAAUGUUUAUCCUAACUAACUCCAUAUCUCGAUUUACUUGUAUGUCCCUUUCCACUUUUUCCAGAGCAGGGUAAAUAGCACUGGAGAUAGUGCGUUUCCCGCCUCAAGCCGGUUUUAUAUUAAAAUGUUUCAAAAGUCUCUUUAAUGAAACACACUUUGCGGUAUGUCAGAAUGUUUAUUGGUUACAAAUUUGGAGCUUUACUAGUUACUUGGUGUAUCAAAACUUUUUAGUAUUGUUCAAAGCUGUUCUCGAUCAAUGAUACCAUAUGCUUGCUUUGAGUUUAAAAAAAUAAUAUGUAAGGUCUUUAUUAUAUUUGAAGAAUUUUGUUUUUAGAAUGUUAAGUAAUAAAUUCUAAAAAAGUUUAGAAAACAUGAGUUUUUAAAACGUGGCAUUCGAAAACUUGACAUUCUACGAAACAUGAUUUUUUAAAACAAUAUUAUACAUCCACAGAUAGAAAAUCUAAAAUUUCUAAAAUUCUAUGUAUAGUAUCUUUAGUUCUGAGUAAAUUGAUAACGUCAUAUAAGAUUAUGAGUGAAUCGAGGGAUCUAUUGGUUUUACUAGGAUGUAUUUUUUUUCUCUCUGUAAACAACUUUUCGAAAAGAAAUCUUGCACGUUUCGGCUUUAUUGUUUUUAAUUUUUGUUUUCUACCAGAAAUGUUGCUUCAAUUGAAAAAUUACUUAAUAUCAAUUUGGUUCCUUUUAGUAUAUAGACACUAACAUAAAAAAAAAAAAUCGUUUUUAGAUAUCCAAGUAGUUUUAACAAUAAUUGGGAAAAAUCAACAAUGUCCAGAUAUUGUAACAUAACAUUCAAUCAGAAGCGUUUAAAUGGAGGGUGUUUUUUCCAUGUCUGAGGGGUAUGUGCUAUGCUAUGGAAAUCGAAAUGUUAGCUGAACUGUUUAUUUAUUUAAUCAUGAGUAUAUACCGAUCAUAAUAUAAUUAACUAUAUUUUUAGUUGUACCUUAUACCUAAUAAUAUAAUGAAUCAUUUUUUAAACAAUUACAUUGCAAUGAAUAUUAUGAAAAUGAAAUAAAUUAUAUUUUGAACCUCUAUACUUUUAAAUAAUGAUGAUAAAUUCAAAAUUUUCAUAUGAGUUAAAGAAUAUUGCAAAUAAUUUAACUAUCUAUAUGUAUACCAAUCAAGUAUAUCAAUAUAUACGUAUAUAUUUGGAUUUCAGAAAGUGUUAUAUUAUACACUCCAUAAUAUUUUACUACUUGUUAAAUUUUAUAACAAUAAUGCCAUUGACACAUAUCGAUAAAAUAAUAAUAAAAAUACAUUUUGCGUAGGUAUUUAUAUAGAAAAAUCUAGAUGCGCAGUGUUUUAUACUUACUUAAAUUAUACAGUAACCUACAAAUUAUAGAAACAAUAAGUAGUAUUUUAUGAUUAUACAUUUCUAUCCUAAAAAAAUUUAUGCAUUCUCUGCUCGUGCACUAAUAAUAAUUAUAUUAUUAUCCUUUAUGGAUAUUACAAAUGGUAAUAUAAACAAAUCAAACUGCAUUCAUAUGGGACCUCGAGUAUACAUUUUGCAAUUUUAAUAAAAUACAUCAAUAUGUAAUCGAUUAAAUAUUGUGACAGCGUAGGUGUUUAAUUAUUUGACAUGUUUUACCAAACACCAAAACAAUUUAAACUAAGUACCUACUUAGAUUCAGAAUAUAGUGAAGUUAAGUUCAGUUAUUUUUUUAGAUUCGGGGCAAGAGAUUUAACUUUUUGAAAUGAAAUUUUGCUCCGAUGUAUAAAGUACAGUAUUUUUUCCGAAAGAAAAUUUUCUUUUGUUGAUGCAUUCAAGAGAUCAUGUUUUGAUUUUCCAAGGGAUUUUUAUAAUACUUGAAUAAACCAAAAAAUUAAAAUUAAUUAAUAUAUUUACGGAAACUUAGCAUCCCGGUUUAAUUAUUUUAAUUUUUGUAAAGAUAUUUUGUACUAGAAAUCUUGCUUCAAUUGAAAAAAACAAGAAAUCGAAUUUAUUCCAUUUUAUAUAUAAAAACUGACAGAGAAAGUAAUUUUUUGAUAUUUAAAGUAGUUUUCAUAAUAAUUGGGAAAAAUAAUAAAAAGACGAAAAAUAUGAUUUUUUUCAAAUAACGUUGCAAUGAUUUGCACGAUUUCAGUUUUUGCCUGUGACAUAUACAUAUAUAUUCAUUAUUAAUAUUAAACAAUUGUGUAUAUAUAUAUUUAAAAUUUUAAAGUAAUAUUAUAAUCUUGAUUUCCUCUGCAAACCGAUUUAUGACUACUGCUUGAACAUUCGUGUAUUAUAAACAGAAAUUGUCCUAUAUCAUUAUUACGAGGGUUGUCCCAAAAGUAAUGCACAGCGCGCUCUAGCUGUCUUGCAAUGUGAUAUUAUCAGCUGAUUUUAGUAUCAGUUUGUAGUUUGAAGUCUAACGAACACGUGCGUUUUCAGUUUUAGUUGUUUUAGUAAAGUAUGAUGAUGUGUGAGAGCGAUAACGAAAGUGAGAACAAUUCGUCGGCUCACAUUUCUGUUUUUGAGCAACGCGCAUACAUUAAAAUCGAAACGAUUCGUGGUAAAACAGUGCCUGAAAUUCAUGCCGCGUUAAAUGAAGUGUGUGGAACGGAUACUGUGGAUCGUAAUACGGUGCAAAGAUGGCAUCAGCGAUUCCGUGAUGGUCGUAUAAGUAUUGAUAACAACCCUCGCUCUGGCCGACCCUCUACGGUUACUCAAGACAACACUAACGCGGCUAUUCUCGCAACUCUACUCGAUGAAGACCGACGAAUAACGGUGAGUGAGAUAGAGAAUGAAACAGGUAUUUCAAAAUCAAGUGUUCACCGCAUUUUAACGGAAAUUCUACAGAAACGAAAGAUUGCAGCACGUUGGGUGCCUCAUUUUCUGUCACCGGAACAGAAGGAUACACGCAAAGACAUCUGCCGNCAAUAUUUGGAAGGAAAUAACAUCACCAAGAGCAAAAUAAGUUCGUCGCCAGCAAACAAAGGUGAAACAAAUGAUGAUUUUUGCUUACGAUAAACUUGGGAUAAUUGUCACUGAUCGAGUUCCAAUUGGCAGUAGUGUAACCGGGGAUUACUACAAAACAUUCCUUGCCAAAAAAUUGCGACCAGAAAUCCGUAAAAAGCGACCAGGAAUGUUACAAAAUGGUGUGUCCAUAUUGCACGAUAAUGCGCGGCCGCAUAUCGGAGCACCAGUCGUCUCUUUUGGAGAAAUAUGGAUGGAAACGCCUCAGACACCCACCGUAUUCGCCGGAUUUAAGUCCCCUGGACUUUGAUUUAUUUCCAAAACUGAAGGAACCACUUAGAGGGAUCCGUUUUCCCAACUUAGAUAUACUAAAUGAAGAAGUAAGCCGAAGAAUCCGUGAACUCAACAAAUAUGGCGUCCUAUGCGGCAUUCAAGCGCUCCCGAAACGAUGGCAAUCGUGUAUAAACAAGCAGGGAGAUUAUAUCGAAGGUCUAUAAUAUUGUAUUUAGUUUAAAAUAAAAACUUAUUUAUUCAGAGCAAAUUGUGCAUUACUUUUGGGACAACCCUCGUAUUACUAGUAAAGCUGAUAAUAAUACCCAAGAAAUAAUAAAUGAUCUCCCUAAACUAUCAUCUAGACAAUGUUUCUUUUCAAAAAUAGUUCCAUAAGUAAAAAAAAACAAAAAAACCAUCUUUGUAAUAUAAUAUUCAAUAUAACAAUAUAAUAUUCUUCGCUACGUUUAAAAUCCAAAAUUCCAAUAUUAAUAUUAAAACUAGCAGCAUAAAUUAUUCCCUGCGGAACGCAAAUUUGCUGUCUUACGUUUGUAGGAUGAAAAUAGCACAUGCAGGUAUUAGGUCUUCUUAAUAUUUAAAUAAUAAUAUAUAAUUAUAAUAUUAUGUUUCAAAUGUGUCAGUAUUUAAGUUAUAUACGGUGCUUACUGAUUAGGGUUGUUGUUAAAAUUGUUUCCGAUUAAUGUGCACCUAUAUUUUUUUAAACUCUAAUUAUUGUUUACGAUUCUCUUCGGUCUCGGUGAAUUAAAAUCGUUGAACCAUACAAGGUUGGAAGAAUCUAUUCAGCAAAUAUGCAUGAACGAAAAAAAAAAUACAAAUGUGAUACACGAAUUCAACCUGUUUGAACAUCAUUUUCGUGGAAACAAUGAUGUUUUGAAGAGGAAAAAUGCAAAAAAAAAACGCAACAUGCAUAAAUGUCAUACCUACCCAAACUACGAUUUAAUAUUCGGUUGAGUGAUUAUUACUAUUAUUAAGAGUAUAGUAUCACAUUGUAUAUAUAUUAUAUAGUAUAAAAAAAAUUACCUUGACGGCAAUUUUCCCACGCUCUUUAAGCUAUAUCUAAUCAAAUUCGAAUCAGAUUUGGCGCAUUAGACUAUUUGAGUAUUAUACUGCGCUUAAUUCAUUGCGAUUGAUAUCUAGAAAAAUAAAGCAAGACAGAGAGCAGGUGAUGCGUAUUGAUACUGCUGCUGGGUGUACACAGUUUUUAUAGAUGUGUGGUGAGAAAGAUAGGAUAUAUAGAGUAAUUUAGUUUACAUCUGUAUAUAAUGAUAAUCAAUUGCUAACCAAAAACGAUUCUGAGCGGAGUUCAGUUAAACGUGUUUUAAAAUGUCGCUAUUUUUAUGAUUUUUGUCGAAAUAUGAUAUGAAUAUAAAAUAAGAUUUUAAAUAUAAAAGUUCACAAACAAUGGAGAAAGCACAUCAUAGUACAAUUUUCGAAUAAUGUACGAGUAUAAAAUUAUUUAAGCUAUAGGUAGGUGUAAAAUUAGUUUAGAAGUUCAAUAAUUAACUAUAAAUCGUAAUGGUUUUUACAUGAAUUAACACAAUAUACCUAAUAUAUAUUCAGUGAUUAAAGAUGGGAAAAACUUCGAAGUGGGAUCAUUUCUAAUGAAAAUUCCCGAGAGCGAAUAAGCCCAGCCAAACUUCCAGAAUACCCACAUUGGAGAUAAGACUUCUCAAAUGUUCUUUUUUACACAUAAAUCUAUUCAUAAAAAAUAUAUACGAUCGUACGUAUUAUAUGCCUGCUCAAUAAAAAUAAAGUAGAACAGAGUCUGAUUAUAGUAAUUAGUUAUUAUUUUGUAAAACUAAUUUGAGUUAUUCAAAUUUUAUUCAAAAUGCCUUAGUGACAAUAACUAAGGCAUAACCUUGGAUUUCAAAGACUUGAAUUAAAGGAAACAGAUAUUUUACCUUUAAUAAAAAGACGGACUCUAUCCCUUUUCGUCUUUCCGUUUUAACCACUCUAUAUCAUAAUCCGAAUUUUAUGUGUGCUCGCGAUGAGUACAAUUUACUAUACACAUUAAUUAUUACCUACAUAGCACUUAUCGAGCUUCUACAUUUUAUUCGUAAACAUUUUUUUUUUAUUUUGACAUAUAACGUAUAUUGCUGAAAAAGACGUGUUUAUUUACUAAUAAAAUAUGAUAUCACAUUAUAUAUCAAACUCGUAUGCUCGGCCUUCUAUUAUGAUGAUAGUUAAUGAUGGCAUUGACACAAUCGUUUAACAAACAGUAUAAUAUAUGUAUAAUAACUAACUAAUAAUGUUCAUUCAAUCAAUGUUUGCAGUUAUUUUUCUAAUUUAUUAUGAACGGUGAUGGUAAGACCCGGCGUAUGAUAAAUGAAAUUGAGCUGGUUAGGUUAUCCACGGUCGAUAGCAUGAUCCUGGGGGCGAUAAUGAGUUUUCAAUAUAAAAGUAGCGUAUAAUAUGCGUCGGCUAGUGUAUUGUGUCGUCCAAUGAACUCUCAGUUUUAUAUUAUGGUGUAGCUGAAAAUAAAAAAAAAGAUGUUUUAGAAAAUAAGGAAAAAAUUAAUGCUUAAAACAAUUAUUUUUAAGAAAUCUCGCAAACAUAAUAAGUUAGGUUAGGUUAGGUUAUCGGCAUAAUUUAAAAUAUUUAAAAAUAAUUAUUAUAACUUAAGUGUUUUUAUUAAAGGGCUGCAGUGAAUUCAACGAUGCGUAAACUUUUAACAAAGAAUUUGAAAUUCUCCAUCAAAAAAAAAAAAAAAUGAUAACAAUAGUUCAAAAUGCAUUUAAAAUUUAGAAAAAAAAAAAUUGUAAAUUCAGUAAAAUUAUAACGUUUCCGAAUACUAAUAUAAUGAAAUGGUGUACAUUAAAUAGAUAAAUCAUAGAGUUCAUAAAUAUUUAUUUAAUCAUACCGAAUUAAAAAUGUACAAAAAUUUGAUUAAAAAAAAUAUAUUGUUUUUUGUAGGUAAUAAAAAAAUGUAUAUAAAGUAGUAAAAAAAAAGGUUUAAUAAAUAAUAAAAAAUCAAAAUUGAGUUGAUUGUUACAUAAUUCGAAAUUUUUACUGAGAAAGCUACGUCUUAUAUUAGUUCUGUUCUUAUAUAUUUAAGUUAUAGAGUGGGUUCACAUAAUUAUUAAAGAGCUUAAAUUUUGCGAAAUACGCAUUUGGAUGAAAAAAAACAAAAAUGGUCACGUUGCGUUACACCAAGAUCACUUUUAAAAUAUAUUUGAAAGUGAAUUUGGAAACUUCUUUCAAAUUGAUCAUUUUCAUUUUUUCGAAAAUAUUGUGAAAAGUUCCCUAUAAGACUCCUUAAAUAUUUGAUUUGUAUUAAAUUCUGUUAAUUAUACACUAUUGUUAUAAUUUAUUUAAAUGAAACUUUAUUUCAUGUUAAUGACAUUAUUCGUUUGCAGCGAAAACGUGAUCUCAGUGACUUAUAAAUAACGUAUACCUAGCUAUACUAUUAUUGUAGAAUAGCUUACGAUCUUCCGGUUAAAAAUCACCAAAUUACUCGUGGACGAUAAAUUUAAUUCACACAAAUUUGCUGACAUUAAAAAAAAUCUGAAUUCACACUAUUAUGUAGGUUUUAAAAUUUGAUUUUUUUUCCCGCUCUUUAUAAUAAUAUUAUAUCCUAUUAAUAUGUGUGAAAUUAUUUGAAAUACAAAAAAUAAAAUACUCAAGUGACCUUGAUGAUUGAUAUUGAAAACCACCAUUUUUUGUAAACCACAGCAAAUUCCUUGCAUCAUCGUAGUUGUGGUUCACGUUUCAACAGACCGUAUCUCGGGUAAUGUUAUGCAAUUAUUAUUUUAUUUUUUUUUUUUUAGUAAAAAUUUCUCGCACGGGUGUUCAUUAUUAUUAUUAAAGUCUUAUUAAUUCGUAAAAACUUGAGAGUUUAUUGAAUUAAAAAAUAAAUAAAUAUCGCGUAUUUUAAUUAUUUACUUAUAAUUUUGUUUUGUAAGCAACUAUAUAGGUAGGUACAUAGUUUGUAUAAUACUUGCACAAAAUACGUAUAAUAUGUAUAUAAACGCCUAAUUAUUCUAUGUACGAGUAUAUACUGUUGAAGUAAAUAAUUAACACAUUAUAUUCAUUAUUAUUAGGUUGUAUAAUUAUUUUACUAUAUUAAAAUAAUAUUAUGCAAGUCCAUUUAAUAUUAUGUAGUUGGUUAAUGAUGGUUUUAAUAAUUGAUUUGUAUUAUUAGUAUUUUCAAUAAGCACAAAUGAUUUUAUGUAUAACCGUUGUUCUCAAAAACGUCAUUUGAAAAAAAAAUGUAUAAGUAAUAUUUUUUCAUCGUUUAAUUUUUUAAAAUGUUAUUCUCCAUAAUAUACAGGUCGUGACAUUGUCAUUGUACGCUUACUUUGGUGCCCAACUGAUCGGCGCUCAAAUGUUGGAACCGCCCCCCGAAUGGGGUUUCAAAGAUUUCAAAGAGUUCGAUUUAUACGUGCCGGUUUUGACGAUUAUCGAGGUUUGGGGUUUUUUUUUUAAUAAUCAAUUGAAAUUAGUGACGAGCACUUCGAAAUAUUUUAUAUUGAAAUAUGCAAUAAUAUAAAAUAUAAUUAUAAUAGAUAAAUUAUCGAAUGUUUUAUUCAAAUAUUUGUUUCCAUUAUCUGAUCUUUUUGUUUGAGAAAACUCGAAUAGUUCAAAUGUAAUAAAUUCUUCGGUUGUGUCAUCACUAAUUUAAAUUAUACUUACGGCUCUAAUUUUAUGUUUUUGAACGCCUGUUAUACUCUAUAAUAUAUCUACUAUUUCAUAGUUUUGCUUUUUCGUUGGAUGGCUGAAAGUGGCGGAAGUUCUUAUCGGACCAUUCGGGGAAGACGACGACGAUAUUGAGCUUAACUGGUUGAUCGAUCGACACAUAAAGGUAAGCAUCACUUAUCAAUCUAUUAUUUUUAUUAUUAUACCUAAUUUGUGUUGUAUCAAACGUUUUUAAUUGUGCAAGUUAAAAUGAUGCUCGUGAUAGUAUAAUAAUUAGGGUUGGGUGAUUCGAUAUCGCGAUAACUUUAAUAAAGUAUUAUUAUAGUAAUUUUUUUUUUUUAGAUUCUGGCUGAAGCGAGGAAUUGGUUUUAAUAUAUGUUUAUUUUUUUUUUCUGUGAACAACUUUUCUACCAGGAAUUUUUUGCUCUGAUAUUAAAGGGUAGCAUUUUUUCUGAAAAGAAAUUAGACUGGGGUGUUACUUUAGGGAGCUCGUUUUUAAUUUUCCAGGGGUUUCAUAAUAAAUGUGAACAACUGGGAAAAAAUGUAGAAAAAACGGAAAAAUUAACGAAAUUUAUUAUUUUAAUAUCGUAAAUAUUACGGCCUUUUAAAACAUGUAAAACUGAACUCCGCUCAGAAUCGUUUUUCAUUAGCAAAGACAUUAGCGUGCAAAUUAACAUUCAAUUUCUUUCUAUAUCCGACCUUUCCAACUUCUCACCUACAACAGUUGCCCACCUACGGUGUGAAGUAUGUCCGUAUCUAUUUUUAUAAAGGGCUCUACACUUUUACAUGGAAAUUUAUUUUUGAGAUCUUCUAUCACAUAUAUUAUACAUAUAUAACAAAAAAAAUUGUGGAAAUCAUUACGUAAAUUAUUAUUUAAAUUAUAGUUAUAAUUAGUAGAGAGCCAAUAUAACUUUUUUCCUAUACUCAGUAUUUACCAAUUUUGUUCAUGCUAAUUUUUUAAACAAUUUAUUCUUAACAAUCAUUCUUUGAUUUACAUUACUAAAGUAGACAGUUUUUUAUAUUAUAUUAUUAUCAAAAUCGGAUGUUUAUUAAAAAUAAAUAAAAAAAAAAAAAAAAUUUCGAGUCCAAUAUUUUUUUUGAAAAAAAAAACCGAUAUCUGAUAUUCAGAUAUCCUCAAUAUCGGCCAAUAUACGAUAUCGGUUUAUGUCGAUACUCACCACUAGUUAUAAUAUUAUUACUUUAAAAAAAAAAAAAAAGAAUUUAAUUUAGAUUAUAACGUGUAUUGUGCACUAUCGCAGUCAUCUGAGGUUAAAUAAUAACAUGAAAAUGCUUAUUUUUUACUCAUAAAUAGUUUUAAUACUUAAUAGCCAGUAGGCUUUUUAACGAUAUAUAUAGUAUUAUAGGUAUUAGGUACCUAUUAGGUACGUCUAUAUAUUGCGACCAAAACGGCAUAUUUUUUUAAAUCUUUCAACAAUGAUAGUAAAAAAAAAAAACUAAACAUUCUUAUUCUAUAAUAUACUCGUAUAUUAUAUGUUUUAUAUAUUUUUAAAAUUUAAACAAGUUUGUCCAGUUUUUGUUUACAUACAUACAAAUGCAAUUUUUUUUAUAUUAUUUUAUUUAUUUUUAUUAGGUAUAUUAUUAUUGUUAUAUUUUUAAAUAAAAUAAUAGCUUUGUGUAACUUUCGCCCGUUGCAGUACCAUGAUAAUAAUAUAGUCAGCUAUUGAAACCAAACAUAUAUAAUUUAAGGUACAUAUGAAAUGACAUGAAGAUAUUAUAACAAACUGUAGUGGACAAAUGUUUUCUGAACUACCGAACGAAUGUUAUUUGUUUUGUUUUUUUUUAAUUCUCGUUAGUAAAUAAUUUAAAACAUUAUAAAUUCACUUGUACAAUAUACAAUGUCCCCAGUUUUUUUUUCUUGGUAUAUGUAAGCGCAUAGGCGUAACUGAACAGGAGGCCACGUUCCCCUAAUGAUUUUUUUUUCAUUUAUCGCGUUCAACGAUGAUGGUACCUAAAAUACCUAUUGCAUUAUUAAUGAAAAACCUAAUUAAGUUAUAAUUAGGGUCGAGGUCAUAAUUUAUUAAUAACCCUUUGAUUUGUUUGAUUUUUUAAUCAUAAAAUUAUAUAACUUCAAAAUGCUGUUGACUUUAAUCUUAAACGUGAUAAGGUUUACGGAAUAUAUCUUUAUUUGCUUGUUUUUUUUAAUGGGAUUUUUACUACUAUUGUUGCAGUAAUCUAACGAUUUAUUGGAUACGAUGAUAAUAUUUUUGAAAAAUAUGCAGUAGUUGUAUGGGUAAUUUAUUUGCGAAAAAUUCACGAUUGAUAAUAAAUAAACAGACUUAUGAGUAAUCAGUAGGUACUUAGAUAUAUCAUAUGUUGCUUAUAUAAACUAUUUUAUCUGUUAAAAUAUUUUCUGUAUUAAAAAAAUAAUCACUUUUGAGUAGUUGAGUAGCAGAUUUUUGUCACUACAUAAAGUUUAAUUAUCCAUUGUCUAUAUUUUAGUAUAGACAUAUUGUUUAAUAAAACAAUAAUACUACUUAAAAUUGUGGGAACGUGGUAUGAAAGUUUGAACCCCCAAAAGGAACAUCCUUGAUACUAAAAUCAUGUAUGCACACAAUUUUAUCUCCUGAUUUCAUUUGAGUAAUCUUUAUAGGAGCGUUAAAUGCUAAAAAAACACUGUGCAUAAAGAUCUGAAAAUUUAACAGAAAAUUCAUCUUAAGUUAAAAAACAUACUGUAUAUUAUAUCAUAUUUAGUUCGACUUAUGUCAUUUUUUUAUGUAUAAGCAAUAAGUUCAAAUUUUGACAAAAAUAGUAAAAUUCAUGGCAUUUCAAAACAAAACAUGUUCAACCAAACAUUGUUCAAAAUUGUUGAUCAUAAUGAUCAACGAUAAAUCAAUGAUAAUUAUUAACAUUUAUUUAUUGUUGUGUACAAAUAUAAAUUAAAUAGCUUUAUAUAUCCUCUCUUCAUAACUUCAUACCUAAAAUAGUGGCAUCAGCAAUAUUAGAUUUUUUUGUCUUUUAUUUAUUUAAAAAUUUUAAACAUCUUACAAUGUUAUGACAUAUCAUAUUUACCGUUUUACCAAUAAUUUUCUAUCCGGUUUUCCCAAUUAUUUUGAAAACAACUUGAAAAAACAAAAAGUGACCUCUCUAUUACACCAACUAGAGAAAAUUACCUUUAAAAUUUAAAAUAAAGGAAUCCUAACUGAAAAAAAUCGUAUUUUUGUCUUUUUAGUUUUUCUUAAUUAUUAUAUUAAAACUACUUUGGAUAUCGAAAAACGACUUUCUUUAGCAAUAUUUCUGGUAGAAAACAUAAUUUAUAUCCAUUAAAAAUAAUGAUAAAGGUAAUGGUGUAGCGCACUGUAAAUAUUUACCAUUUCAUUUAUAAUUUUUUUCGGGUUUUACCCGAAUUACUAUGAAAAUCCCUUGAAAAAUCAAGAGAUGACCAACUAGACUAAAAUAGCUAUCAGAAUAGGUGCUAUACUCUAUACAUCGAAGAAAAAUUUCUUUUCGAAAAGUCGUUUACUAACAAAAAAAAAACACACAUCAUUGUAAAACCAAUAGAUUCCUCGCUACUUUCAAAUCUAAAAUAAUUGUUGUAAAUUACUAUAAUAUUGUAAAACUAUAUUUUGAUAGAUAUACUCGGUUUUAAACUGUCAUAUACUCAAAUCAACAGUUCUCAAUUUUUUGGAUUCGAAGUAUAGCGACUAGUAAAGGAUCUAUUGGUUUUACUAAAAUGUAUGCGGUUUUUUUUUUUUGUGUACAUGCAAAUUUUUGAAAAUAAAUCGUUUGAGAGUUUUUUUGUAGUUUUUAUUCGGUUGAACCUACUCCGUGGAUAAAAUUGUUAGACCAAGCAGAAAUGCAUACAAAUUAAUAGGAUCUUCAAUUUAAGUCAUACUAAGUGGUCAAAAAAAAUAUUGAGUGUAAUAUAUAUAUUUUUUUUAUAUAAAAUUUUAAAAUCAAAUUUUUAUGAAAUGGUAAAUAUUACGGCCUUUCAAAACAUGUGUAACCGAACUUCACUCCAAAUUGUUUUUCGUUAGCAAUGGUUUAUUGUUGCUUACAAAUAUAAAUUAAAUAAGUCUAUGUAUCCUACCUUCCCAACUUCCCGUCUACAUUAUUGGUCGCACCCGUAUCAGCUCUUUUUUAUUCAGACCUCCCUAAAAUGAAAUAUUUUUUUCUCGCUUCUCACAAAUAAUAACAAAAAACCUUAGGUUUGACAUUACGAAAAUAGUUUGUGCGAAUAAUUUACUAACAUUUAUUGAAACAGAUGUUGUAAUUGUUUCGUACAUUUCUUUUUGACAAGUUGAGUGUGGAACGAUAUUUUAUAUUUUAAUACGGCUACUAUUAAAAGUCAUGUUUUACAUAAAUAAGAAAUUGCAAAUGGUAUUUUAACCGUAUACGCAAAACUUCUUUCUAUAGUUUUAUGAUAUUUAUUAUAAUGUGUUUUUCUCCAAAUUCGUAUUCGAAAAAUCGUAUUUGUUAGGGAUCAAUUAUGGUUUCCUCGCUUUUUUAGAAAAUAUUUCACGAAAUUACUUUUAUAAGCCGUCGGAUGAUGUAUACUAUGCUAGGUGAUUCAUUUAAGUGGGUACACUCAUUAUUUCAGAAAGUAUUAACUUUUUCUGGUAUUUGUUUUCUAAAAUAUUUAAGAAAUAAGCUGCUCUACAAUAUUAUAUUUAUGUUAAUUUUUAUCACCCUUAUUUUUGGGGGUAAAACCACCUCUUACUGUUAAUUUUCAAAUAGUAAUCUAUAUUAAAAAUUUCAUAAAUAGAUGGAAUAUUAGUUAAAAUAAAUAUUAGUGUUGAAGUUUUUGAUUUUUGUCAAACCAUUGACCAGAUAUUCGACUUUUAAGUUUGGGUUGGAGGAGAGUAGUGGUGCGUUAUUAAUACGCCGCACGCUGUAUCGCCACACAAAUGAUACUCCACUACUCUCCUCCAACCUAAACUUAAAAGUGGAAUAUUUCGUGUACAGAUCGACGGAAAUCAAAAAUAUCAACACUGAAAUUUAUUUUGACUAAUAAUCCAUCCAUUUAUGGAAUUUUUAAUAUAAGUUGCCAUUUGAAAAUCAAAAGUAGAUAAUGGUUUUACCACAAAAUAUAAGGGCGACAAAAAAUAAUAUAAAUAUAAAAUUGUGGAGCAGCUUAUUUCUUAAAUGUUCUAGGAAACAAAAUCAUUCGGUAUAUUUUACGCCACGAAGUAGCAUGCCCUGAAAUGUUCAAUGGGAGGAGAUUAGUAAACAAUAAUCAUGAUUCAUGAAUAAAUUGUAGAAGUUUUCUGUAAUACCAAACCUAACAACAAAAAUUUAAAAACAGAAAAAAUCAAAUUUUUACUAUAUAUAUCAAGGUUUUUUUUUAAAUUUGGUUGAAAUAUAUAAUUUCAAGAUAAAACUACUAAAUGAAUACCUACUCAUAGUUGUACUUUUAAGCAAAUUUGGUAAUGAGAGUAAUAACACCUAAUAUCUUACGCAGGGUUUGCGCAGGGGCUCUACACAUCUCAAGUGAGGCGCACCUCGCAGCUUAGGAACCGUUGGUGUAGAUAUAAUUUAGAUAGACAAAUAAAAUUUAAUACAGACAUCAGAGCAAGUAUUUUAUUAAAAUUUAGUUUAAAAUAUUAUUACAUAACGAAAAAAUUGUUUUUUGAUAAUUUUGUGCGUUUUAGAUUAUACCUAUGUGUAUUCAAAUCUAAAAUAAAAAUAAUAAAAAUUAUUCAACUUACUGUAAUACCGGUUUAACGAUUUGAGAUUAUAUACUUAUAUAUUAUACGUUAUGUCAUAAAAUUGUCUAGUCUAAUUUUUCAUUUUACACCUACUUUGAAAUGAUAAAAUAUUUGAAGUAUAAUAUUAGUAAUAUUAAUCUUAAUUCAGUAAAAAAAAAUUGUUCUAACUACGCGUAGACAUUGCACGGUUAAUAUAAUUAAAAAAUUAUAUUUUAAUACCAAUAGUAUUCAAAAUUACAUGAACCAAUUUGUAGGUAGGGAUAAGGUAUUUUACUCACCGUAAUAUUUAUCGCGUGGAUUUUAAAACCGUGCAUUCUAGUACUUAUAGUAGCUACUAUGUUAAAUACAAUUAUUUCUAAAGUAUAAUUAUUGUAUAUUACGUGGUAUUUGGAAGGCAGUAAGUUUUUGAGAAUAAACAUAUCGGCGUUGAUUCUAACAUUAAAAAUAUUAUGACUUUAAGAACGUAAAAAAAAAAAAAAAAAUAAACAACAAUAAUAAUCAACAAUAACAAAAAAUGUCGGUUACAAAACUAUUUGGCGUAACGAACACGUCAUAUUAAACGAUUCUUUGUGCGUUUAAAAAACAAAUCAUACAUUCGUACCUACGUUCAUAAUAUUAUAGUGCUUAUACCACAAAUGAUAAAAUAUAUUAUUAUUUCGUCGGGCGUAGGCGUUCGGCGUACAUAUAUUAUAGGUAUACAGGGUGAUAAUUUUAUCAUGAACUGGCGAUUAUCAGCUAUAUAUAAUCGUACGUAUAAAUUGUUUUUUUCUUGUAAUUUAAUUUGAUUUUGAUAUUUUUUCACGAGGCAAUUACAGCUCGGAGGAUUGUGUUAUCACUAUACCACAUUACCACACUUAUAUCACACAAGUUAUAGGAAGGUUAAAUUAUCAAAAAUGUACUUUAAUAUUCCUGACAAUAAUGUUAUAAUAUAUUGUAAUUUAUUAAUUCUCCGCCCAAAAAGAUAAAUUACAAAUACAUAGUGUCGACUUAAAAACUUAAAAACUUAUCUGAAUGACAAAUAGUCACAAGUAAAGAAUAAAUAAACAUUGUAAGUAACUAAAAUUAAUAAAUUAGUAACUGUAAUCAAAUUGUGUGUGUACAUUUUGAAUAGCUGUAAAAGGAUUUUUCAGAAAUUGUUUGAUUUUAGUGUUUUCUGAAUAUGUUGGUUUCAAUAAGCCAAUAUUAUCUAUAAUGUAGCCCAUAGAAAUAAUUUCAAUUUAAAUACUAUUAAAAAAUUCAUAAAUUUAUUAAAGAAAAUUAAUACACAGCUCACCAAAUAAUGUUGUCAACUAUUGUAGUAUGAAAUAUCAAAAUAUAUUGUCUAACGAACUCGCUAAAAUUCUAAACAAUAAUACAAAUAAUGUCAACAUUGUUUUUAAAACUAAUAAUAAUUUAAUUAAACAUAUAAACAAUAGGACUAAAAAGUUCACAAAAUUCCCCCUUCUUUUAAAAAUACUGGUAUAAUAACAUUUACAUUAAUUCAGUUUUAAAAGAAUUACACAUACACAAUGAAAUAAAGAAAAAUAGUUUUAAUAAUAUUUUUAAUGUUGAAACCGGUUUUAAGAAUAAUAUCUUAUUUCAAUACAUUUUAGAUAAUAAAUAAUAACCAAAUAAUUUAUAUUUCUUAACAUAACUAUGUCUAACUUAUAACUAAUUUUAAAUAAUCUCUCCUAUUAAAAUAAAUUGUUUCUAUAUUCUAUGUAAAUCGGCCAAUUUGUAAAUUUUUGUUUCUAUGUGUUCCUUCAUUUAAUUUUUUAUAUUCAAUUGCGUUUUACAUUUUGACUGUGAUAUACCUGUUGAUGAAUUUUUAAUUCGAAAUCGGUCGUAUAAUACACUUAUCAUAAUACUCCAGGCAACUCAUUAGUUAACUAAUUAAUUGUAUUUUCAUGUAUACAUAUCAAGGUUAAAUAUAAUCCACACUGUUUUCUUUUUAAAAAUGUAUUAAUUUUUUAAUCAAUUUAUUUUUAUUUGCAUUUAUGGAUUUAUUUUAUAUUUUUGUUCAAAUCUAUUAGAUUUUGAGUGAAGCGAGAAAUGUAUUGGUUUUUUAUAUUGAUUUUUUUGUUUAUAUUUACCACUAAUGAAUUCAAAAACUAGAUUUAGUUCGUUGAAUAUGGACAGUAUUUACAUUUGAAUUGUGAAUACUGUUCAUCUCAAGUUUGAUUUAAAUUUUGUGGAAAAAUUACAAUAAGAACACUUUUCCAUAAUUAAAAGAAAUACAAGUCAAUCUUUGAGUAAUUCCCUUAAAGUUAAUCGAAUACUAUGUGAGUAAGUUUUCUGAGAUAAUUGCUGGUUCAUGAUAAAAAAAUCACCUUGUAUAGUGUGGGUAUCCACGGUCGAUCGGACAAUGGUCACCUACCGCCUAUUAUAAUACAAUUGUGCGUGCGUUUGUUUAUUAUAGGCGGCGUAUAUGAUCGUGGACGAAAUGCACGAAGAACACCCGGAACUACUGAAGGACCAGUAUUGGGACGAAGUAGUGCCCAAGGACCUGCCGUACACGGUGGCUUCAGAACACUACAGACGGGAAGAACCCAAGGGAUCUGCCGAGCAGUACAAGGUCAAAGAGUCAGAUUCACUGUACGCCAACAUGGCACCGGUGCACCAUAUGCACAGGAAGCCCGCGGUGCCCGAGGACAUGUACGCGGACUACGUAAGUAUGCCUAUAUAUAAUAUAAUAUUAUACCGGAACAAAGUAAUAAACGCGGUGUAAUUUAAUUCCUCAAGUUGUUUUGGGCUACGACCGGUGAUUAAAGAGAGGGGGGAUGCAAAGUCUCCCUUUUUAUUUAAGGUAAAAUUUUUCGUCUUCUGUAGCUUAAGCAAAAUUUAAGUUCAAUUAUUGGGGAUGCUGAAAUUAUGUAAUGCACACCGCACACCAACCUGUGAAAGCUACGCUCCUAUACCUCCAAAUAUCGUACCUUUGACCUUAUUAAAGUCAUAAAGUAUUUAGUAAUAAAUAGAUUUAAAAACAUUUUUUAUUUGGUAAUUUCUGUUGAAACAAUCAUUCAAUUUUGAAAUUUUAGGCGUUUCAGCACCCCAAAGCACCCCUAUAGUUGUUUAUAUGGCUUUUAAUUUAAGGCUUCGAAGACUAGAAAGGGAACGUUUCAAUGAACAAAUAUAUGUGGAAUAAAAACAUUUUGAAAGUCUUGAAUUGUUUUCAUGAUGAAUUUCCUGAAAGGGUUGAAGAGUUUAAUUAGUUAUCAGAAAUGUACUUCAAUUUUAGAUUCUGAGUGAACCGAAGAAGCAUAUGGUUUUACAAAAAUGUUUAUCUAUUUUAUUUUUGUGUGAACAACUUUUCUACCAGAGAUAUUGCUCCGAUUUUUUAGUGUAGCACCUUUUUUUGAAAGGAAAUCUGACCAGGAAGGUACUUUAAGGAAUUUUUAGAUUUUCUCAAGAGUUGUCUCAACAAAUGUGAAAAGCCAAAAAAAAAAAAAGGAAAAACAGGAAAAUAUAAAAAGUUUAGGUAUUAGAUGAAAAAUAUUUCGACCUCUAUUUUCCUGUGAACGACUUUUCUACCAGUAAGUUUUGCUCCAGUUUCGCUCCCGGUAUAGGUCAUGAUCAGUAUUUGAUAUCCUCACAAAUACAGUGCGCAAUCACAAUACGAUAUUUUUUGUACAAAGUAUACUUGGGAUACCAUGGUAUUGAAGAUUUAUUGCGAGUUUUUCAUGUUCGAGGGUCUGCAAAAUCUUAAUGAAGUAUACAGCCUGAGAAGUUUUUUACCCUUGUAAAAUAAUUUUUACUGCCGAUGAAUUGCGACUGGUAGCACGGCUUUCUUAUUCAGGAUCGAAACUAAGUACAUUUUGUUUUCGCGAUUUCUAUUUUUAUCAUAAUAUACGAGUAUUUAACAGAAUAAAACAGUGUUUUCCAACACUUUUUUAGACAUUACACGGACACUUUAAGUGUUUAUACGGAUCACUCUAAAUACUAUUCGAUAAAUUACAAACCGAACCAUUGUCGACAUGAAUUCUUGAGGCAUUUGAUUUUUGUUUGUAUUCUCGGAUCAUUGAAUAAACUCGGAAUUCAUAUUUAAUCUUCUCUAAAAAAUAUCUUUUUCGUAUGGAUUUAAUCGUGUGUGUUGAUGUCUAGGAAACAUUUUUAAAACUUUCAAAAUUUGUUUUGUUGAAUUUCGUGAUUAAACGGUUCAUUAUAAGCCGGUCACAAGGUUGUCCAAGGAGGUUAGAAAUACUAUUAUGGUUCAUGGGCAGUAAAUUGGUAAAAUAUCGUUAAUAUUUACAAAUAAUAAUUUUAGUUUCAUCCAGCUAUGUGGGUUUUACUCGAAUAUUAUAUAAACAUACGUGGCGUGUAACCACAGUCUCGGACCCUACCGUGGACAGAUUUCGGCAUGGUAUACCUUACCUACGGGUGAAACGUAUAUCAUAAUUGUUUUUUUUUUAUUUGGAUUAGACACGACAAAAUUGUCCGUAAUAAACAUUAUAUAAAUUAUCAUCAUUCAAAAAUCUUACAUCUUUUAUUAAAACAUAUUUAAUAUUUAGAUACGAAAAAUAAUAAUUUUGUCCAUCUAAAGUUCUACUUCCGACCACUAUGCGGCGGCCGUAAGGCAGACUGACGAGAUUAAUGAACCCGGACGGGUGGUAGCGCGCGCGUCUACCAAGCUACGUGUGCGUGUGCCGUCUAUGUGCGUGCGCGCGCGCUUGUGUGUGCAGUGUGUGUACGCGUUUGUGCGCCUACGUUUGUGUGUACAUGAAUCUACUACGGUGUAAUAAUAUAAUAUAUAUAAUAUUUUUGUUUUGGCUUUUUUUUUCUUCCCGCCAUCCUCCCCCUACUCCUCUUCAAUAGUAAUAAUAAUAUGUAGGUACCUCCGAUCGAAGGUCAAGUGGUCGUGAAGGAAUGCAUAUCGGGGUCCCACGGGUAUAUUAGCUGCAACAGUAUUACAGGUAUAUCUACAUAUUAUGUAUCAUUCACCGCAGUGAUAUUUUAUUAUUCCGGCACUACUCUCUUAUAAUAUACUACUUACUGUACAGUCGGUCCCAUUAUUAUCGUAAUAAUUAUUCGCUACUACAAUAAUAUUAUUCAUAAUAUAUACUUAACCACGGUUCGCGCAUGUUAUUUUAUCGUCUUACACUAUAUUAGCCGAUUCAACAAAUGAAAAUAUUCAAAUAUUGUAAUUAUUGUCCGUUGGGCCCGAUUAUUAGGUUCUGAGUGAAGCUAGGAAUUUAUUGGUUUUAUUAUAACGAGUUUUUUAAAAAAAAUUUUUUAUUUAAGAGCUUUCUACUAGAAAUCUUACACCAGCCAAAAACUUUAUAAGAACUUUCUUGUAUAUUUUUUGAUCUCGUUAAUGCAUUAAGGAGGUCAUUUAUUUAUAUCUUGUAAUUUUCUUAAUAAAUGAGAAACAUUGGACAUAAUUGUUAAAUUUUGGGGUGAAUAUGAUUGUUUUUGAAGUUUAAAUAAAGAGUAAUAAAUUCUGUUUUAAAUUAUGGUAAAAUCUAAACCGUCGAAGUUUUCAAGAGGAUUUGAUCUAUCUCUAAAGCUCCUUAGCCUUAUUAAUGAUUAACUGACAUUUGAAAAUUCAUCAUAAUACCUAUCUUUAAUUAAUGAAGAUAAGAGUGCCGAAAUUAAGUUAAUGAUAUGUUACCACUUAGAAUAACAGUAGUACGGCCUCAGUAACAGGAUAAGACACGUUUUUUACGUGAUAGCAACAUUCUAAUAAAAUAACAAAAAGAGAUUGCUCAUAGAAAAUAUAAUGUAAAUUUAAAAAUGUUCAGUGUAUACUGUAAAUUUUACAUCAGAAUGAAAAUCAAUUCCACAACUUAUCGAUUCGAUAACUCUGUGUUUGAAAACAUUUUUCAUUUUACACAAUCGAUAGAAAGUUAUUAGCUUUAUAACAUUGCGUACAACCCGACAUGGGUGUAAAGAAGAAGCUAUUAAUUCUAUUAACAUUGAUUUUUUUAUCAGAAAACGCUAUCUCGAUUUGUUAAAAACGCUCAUAUUUUUUCACAUUACACCUUGAAUAAUACGAACUGUAUUUUUUUUUAAAAAAAAAGCUAUUUUUAAGAAAGUGAAAUGCUCCGAUUUUUUAUGUGCAGUUCCUAGAAAAAUAUAAAAUAACAUUUUUUUAAAUUGUUAACAGUUCACUUCCUAGAUUCUCCCGAACGGAGCGAGGAAUGUAUUGGUUUUACAAUAAUGUUUUAAAUUCUGAGUGGAACGAAGAAGCUUAUGGUUUUACAAGAUGUUUAUUAUUUUUUUUGUCUAUGCUCAACUUUUCCACCAAACGACUUACUCCGAUUUUUAAGUGUAGCACCUUUUCAGAAAGAAAAUCGGUAGAGGGGGGUCUUUUAAGGAGGUCAUUUUUCGAUUUUUCCAAGAGUUUUCUCAGCAAAUGUGGAAAACCGGGAAAAAACAUGGGAAAAAUCGGAAAAGUUAGUAUGAUAUUAAACAAAUAUUAUUAAAGAAAAUAUAUAAUCCCUAUUUAAUAUAUCAUAUUGUUAUAUUAUAUAUUAUAAUAUAACAUGCAUAUUGUUGACAAAGCAUCACUAUCAACUGAACUCCAUUUAGAAUCGUUUUUUCGUUAGCAAUGGUUUAUCGUAGCUUACAGAUACAAAUUAAAUUCCCCUCUAUCCUACCUUCCCAACUUCUCGCCUACAAUAGUAGCCCACCCAUCGUACCAAGUAUGUCCGUCUUUUUUGAUAUAUUUUUCCCGAGAAAUGCUUUUCCUAUUAAAUACUAAUAAAUGCUCUAAAUUCUUCAUAUCUUGUAACUUAGACGAUGUAUAUUUUUGACUUAUGGUAUUUAAAUGGAAAAAAAAUUACGUGAGUAAGCUUAGUGAAUCAUCUUAUUAUAUAUAUUGUUGUCUGCUCCGAUAUUUGGAAUUAAUCUCUUAAUUUUAAGUACUAAUAACCUAAUUAAGGAAUGGAAAUAUUUAAAAAUUUAUUUAUAAAAUCUAAGUUUUUUUUAUAAAAUAUAUAAAAGGUCCUUUUGCUAAAAAAUGCCUAAAUUUAAAUCGCAUUCGAGAAAGUGUGUAAUAAGGAAUAAUUUAGCAGUGAAACUAGUAACAAUAAAGACUAUUUAUGUUAUAAUUAAAGACCGGAUUUGUAAGUAGUACUUAUAAUAUUGUUAAAUAUGGUUAAUUGGUUAAAUAAUAAGUAUGCAUGACAACAAGCACUAAAAAAAGUCAAAAUAUGUAAAACAAGUUACGAAAUAUGCAGAAUACAAUUAAAAUGCUUAAUAUAUUUUGUAAUUUUGAAGUGUUAAUUAUUAAUUACCAUAAUUUGUAAAAACAAAAAGUAAAAUAUACAAUAUGGCAUAAAUAUGUAGUACAAAAAUGUAUUGUACAACUUAAUUUUUGUUAGUAUGAGCAUUUUAAAUUAUAUUUAGUUAGGUAACUAAAAUUUGUUAACCAAAAAGUACAAUAAACUAAGAAUACAUUUUGUGUUUAUUUUUUAAUACAUUCAAAAACCAAGUAAAUAAUAUUUUAGUAAUCCAAUUUAGUAUAUUGUUAAUAAGAAAAAUUACGAAAAAAUGUAGUCUAUUAAUUGGAAAAAUAAAUUACUAAAGUGUUACGGACUUUGUCCUUUACGUGUUUAAGUUUGUUAAUUAUAAACUAAUAAUUCCACAUACGUUCCAUGUUCACCUUUUUGGUGAGUAUUUUUAUACUAACUCGUCUCUGUUUAUAGUAACCAAGUAUGAAAAACAUACAGAACAUACACUAACGUUGGAAUAUGCAAAAAUUGAAAUGUAAAAUUUUGUUAUUUAAUCCACCAAGUAACGAUUUAUAGACUCUAACUGACUGCAGUAUAUAAUGUAGCAAUUAUUAAUACGCAUUUUAUGCAAAAUCCGGUCUUUAGUGUUAUAAUAAUGACAAGGUCUUAAUACCCCUUAAAAGGAGACCAAUUUCCUCGUGGAUUACUGUGACAUUUAUCUGCUGUGGUACGAUUGUUUCUAAACUAAAACCAAAGUCCGUCGUAAUUAUGUUCCCUAAUCCCAGCACUUAUUAAAAGUUAUAAUAUUAUUUUUAUAUUAUUAUUGCCGUACAUACUAGAACUGAAAAAUAUUGAAAUACCUAAAGUGUUUAGUGUAAAUAUAUUUAAUAUAUAUAUAUAUAUUUUUUUUUAAUUUAUAGGAAAGUGUUGACACGCCUAUGGCCGAACGCCGUAAAAAUUGGUUUCAAAGACAAAUGCAUCGGAUGGGAUCGAUGAGGUCAUCGUCGACCACUUAUUCGUCCGGUGGACUGUUCAACCGAACUAGGCAUAAUUCAGUAUACUCGAGUCCGGAAAACGGCUUACCUGUUACAACAGGAAUUAACGGUCACGUUAAUGCUAUCAACGGAAGUACACCUCAUUUGCAAAAGAUAACUUUGUACGAGCGACUUUGGGGUAGGAAAUCGAUGAAAAGUCGACGAGGUGGCUCCCAAGGUAUGUGCUAUACUAAAAGUAAACUGCAUAUAAUUAUUAUUUUGGCAUAGUGGGGAGACUGAAGCUUACCCCCUAAAUAUUUUAUUUUAUAGUUUGGAAGCGUAUGUAUAAGAAAAAAGUCUACAUAUUUCGCACUAUGAAUGUGCCACUCUUGUAUAGAGUAAUUUAAUUUAUAUCUGUAUGACUGUACCUAUCCACAACGAUAAAUUACCGUUAUCAAUUUUUUUAAUUUGUUUUUUAGACUCGGAGUGAAGCGAAAAGCUUAUAGUUUUACAAAGAUAUAUAUUUAUUUUUUUUUUAUCUGUGCGCAAGUUUUCUCAUCAAAUUUGAAAAACCGAAAAAAAAAGGAAACUAUAAGGAAUGUAUUAUAGUUAAAAUAUAUUACGGCCUUAUUUUUUACUGUGUACAACUUUUCUAUCAGCACUUUUGCUCCAACUUUUAAUGAUAGCAAUGUUUCUAAAAGAAAAUAUUCCCAAUAGUUUUACCAGCAAAUGUGAAAAACCGGGAUAAACUUAGGAAAACUGGGAAAAUCGGUACAAUUUUAAACAAAUAUUAUUAAAGAAAAUAAAAGAAGCCUAUUUAAUUAUUUUAUUAUAAAAUGUAUAUUGUAACAUGUAUAUUGUCAACAAAGCAUCACUUUCAACUGAACUCCGAUAAUACAGUGUAGGUUUUUUCGUAAGCAAUGGUUUAUUGUUGCUUACAUGUAUACAUUAAAUUACCUAGAACAGUUACUGCACCCAUCUCUAUUAUUCUAGAACGUCUUUUUGAUUACAAAGUUGUAGUUCACAUAGAAACUGUCACACUCAUCUUGAUUGAUGAAUGAUUUUUUUAUAUUUUAAUUUUUAUACCGAAAAAUGCGUGUUUUGCCUUAACUUUAUUUCUUUCAAUUUUAACUGUUAACAAUAUAUAAAUCUUUUAAUAUAUAUAUAAAAAAAAAUCAUUGGGUUUAGGUGAAUAAUCUUUAUAAAAUUUGUCUGAAAUUCGACCAGAUUAAGUACCUCCGCCGGGUUUUGCGAGGCCCUAGACAAAAUAUUCUGGAGGGUGCUGAAAACACAUAAUAUAAAUCAUUAGUGAAAACUGAAAAGAUACAUUUUACUCAUCUAGUCUCUUAGUAUUGAAUUGUUAUUUAAAAAUAUUUUUAGAUGAAUAAAUACAUAAAAUAAUACCAGUUUACUACCCACUCCUUUUUAAGUUAUUAAAUUUAACAUGUACAAUGAACAUUAUAGUUAAACGUCAUAUUUUGAUAAAAUAAAUUGCUACUUUUUUUUAUGUAUGUCUCUCUAUUUCCCUCUCUCUCUCAUAUAACUGUAGGUAUAAUGUGCGAUUGCCUUAAAAAAAUAAUAAUUUUAAUUAUUAAAUAAACAAUUAUUUUUAUGUAUGACUUUGUUCGUUAAGUUUAUACAAAAUUCAACUGCGAAACGUUAAUAAUAUAUAUCUAUCGAUCAUUGAUCGUAUUUUAUCGAACCGUUAUAAAAACGAGUCUUUUCGUGUACGAGCCUAAUUUUAGAUUACGUAUGAAACAAGGAAUGCAUUAGUUUUAAUAUAAUAAUAUUAUGUCUAAAAUAACUUUUUAACCGGAAAUCUUGCUCUGAUCAUCAACUUCAAGGAUGGUUUCUAGUAACGAAUUCCGUUUAGUUUGUGCAUUUUAAAUGGAAUUUUUCGAUUUUCUUUGUAGUCUUCCUAAUAACUUGGAAAACUUGGCAAACUCUUAAGAAAAACCGUACGCCAUGAAAAUGUUUGUUAAAUUUCGAUGUGUUUGUAAUUUUGUAUAAAGAGAAUUUGAAAGUUUCACAUCCGUAUGUUAUAAUAGGUCUAAGGUAGCUGAUUUAUAAAGUUAUUUUCGAUUCUUUCGAUAGUAAAUUUGAUCUAAAUAGUUUUCAUAUACUAUAAUAGUUUAAUAUAAUAAUUUGCGUUGAUUAUUCUUUCUUGUAUUUCCUCGUAAACGUUAUUUAUAUUUAACCCUAUAUAAUUGUAUGAUGUUAUUUUUUCAAAUGAGUAUUAGUCUAAAUUUAGACCUGAGUUGUUCCUAUCAUUUCUGGAUAUACACAUAUAUUUUAUUUUUUCUUGAUUAACUUCUAAUCCCAUUAUCUCACUUGCUUCCAAACAUUUCAUUGUAGUUUGUGUUACUUCGUUUCUGGAGUAUUCUAGUACUACUACAUCGUCUGCAUAACCUAAAAUUACUUUUUUCCACCAAACUCCAUUGUCCGGGAUUUAUUAGUUGUUCUUACUACUCAUUCUAGUGUGACAUUAAAAAGAGUUAGUGACAAUGCGUCGCUUUGUCGAAAUCCCGAAUUGACUUAAAAUAUUUCUGAUAGUUCCUGUUGAUAUUUUACUUUGAAGAUUGUUUUUUAAUUACGCUACUUUAUUAAAUAUAAGUAUUUUUUGGGAAUACCCAUAUAUUUAAUAACUUUUUAUAAUUAUCGUCUAUUUAUGGAAUCAUAGGCUUCUUUGAAAUCGAUGAAUACCAAGUGGAGUUCCUUAUUAUACUCAAUGUUUUUCGCUAGUUGUCUAAUGGUAUGUAUAUGGUCUAUAGUUGAUUUUUUUCUGGUGAAUUUUCCUGGGUAUUCUCCUAUGAUGUCUUUAAACAUAUUAGGUAUUAGGAGUAAAUACUAUUCAGUUCAAUUUUUUCGAUAGAUAAUUUAUAAAUGCAUAAAUAUAAAUGUGUUAAAAAUCGCAAACAAAUAAAACACUUAAACACACUAAAUAGACAAAAUUGUCUACUAGAAAUCAGCUCAUAUCAAGAGUCAAGACUAUAUUAUCACACUGAUAAUUAUUUAAUUGUUAACAAUUUGAAAGUUCACGAGAUGUACCCACAACUUCUGGAAAAAGGUGGGUUUACACGUUCUGUUAAACCUAACCAAUUUGAUGUAUUUUGUUCAGUUCUAAUUUGUUCCUAUCGUACAAAUUUCUUCAAAGAGUGUCGCAAUUGUUUAAGUGCGGAAUAUAUCUGUUGCUGUUAUUAUGCAUGAGACAGAGUAAACAAAUUACCUACGUGUAGAGGCCCUUUAAUAUAUAAUCAAUAAGCGGUAUUUAAAAAUCACGUGUUUUAUUUGUAUAGGAGGUAGAUAGGUACCAAUAAUAAACAAAAUAAAGCGGAAAACCUGAUUCUAAUAAAUUGUUUUGUAUAAUGCUACAUUAUUUUAAUUUUUUUUUUAUUAUUCUCAAGUUCAUCGUGAUUAAAACUCGUUUGUUAAUAUUUUUAUCAUAAUUAUACCUAAUAAUAUAUCCGCAACGAAAUCGUCAAAACACGAGUUAAUUUUUAAACAGAUAAAUAAUAUUAUAUGCGCCAUAAUGCUUGUAUAUUAUUAACACGAUAUUCUCAUCAAGUGAAAAAAUCAUAUCAAUAUUAUAAUAUUACAUUUACGUAGGUAACUAUUGCUGCAGAUAGUUUGAAAAUAUUACAAACUUUCUUGUUAUACAUAUAUUAAUACAUAAUACCUAACAUUAUAUUGGUGCAUAUGUAUAUAUAUAAUAUACAUAUUAUUUAUAUACUAAAAAUUCGCUUGAGAUCUUUUUUAUAAAUAUAUAGUUAUGGUUAAGUACCUGUCUCAUAUAGUUACUAGUUUUAGCACAUGAAAUCAUCGCCAUAAUAGUAGUAUAUAGGUAGGUAGGUAGGUAGGUACUAAAACUGAACAACGGGUUUUCACUUUUUUACACUGCUGUUGUAUACCGCAGAUAAAUACGUGCCAGCUUAUUAUAAUAUUAGGCGGAUAAUAAUAUUAUAAUAUAUUGGACAUAAAAAUUCGCAAAAAAAAAUAUGUUAUUACAUACACUCUUGCUUAACAUGAUUUAUUAUGAACAUUUCGCAUAAAAAAAAAAAAAAAACGAACAAUUGUUAAUGUAUUUGUCUGUUCAUUUUCAGUUAUAUACUUGUAUAGAAUAUGGAAGAUUCAGUAUAAGUACAACAAAAUAUAUAUAAUGUAAAUAAUGUAAAUUUUACACAUGUAAUAAGUAAUAAUACUUUUUUAUUUUAUUUAAUAUUUUUAAAUUUCUCUUCUUUUUUUUCAAUUAAUCAUUACGAUUUUUUUCUUGAGGGAAUUGGUACAAAAUUGACCUGAAAAUAGUUAACAAGUUAACAUGGAAAAAGCUAAUUUUGUUAUUAAUGAACACAAUUGAGACAAUUUUUUUGGAUCUUAGAUUAUUUUUAGUUUGGGAUUUAUAAAAAUAAGGAUGAUCCAAAUAAUAUUUAACUUUAUUUUUUCUGGAAAUGCCAAUAAUUAUACUUAUUUUAAGUUCGGAAUUCCACACAUAGUGAAUUCCAUAGUGAAAAAAAAUUAUAAUUAUGCGAUGAUAAUACCUAUUAGGUAUUCAAAAUAGAUAGAGAAUUUAUUUAAUAUCGUGUCAAUAUUAAAAUCAAUCACCUAAUGUAGUGUAAUUCAAAAUUGCCUUAUUAUGUAAAAUGAAAAAAAAUAAGUUAAGUUUAUCAAAAAUCAAAGACCAAACGUUAGGUUAGGUUUCAACUUAGUAAUGUAGCAGGACGCUCGAUUUUAUUUCUCAGUAUCGCUUAGUAAAAUCAAUGAAAAUUCCUUAAAAUAUCCUCUGAAGCAUUAAAUAAAGUAUAUAACAAAGUAACUGUAUAAUCUCAGAGCCACUAUUUAUUUACCUAAAUACAAUACUUAUCUAUGAAUCGGAUAUUUUAGUUUUGCCCGAAAGAUACUUGUUUUUAAAAAUAAUAUAAUAAAAUUACACGACGUACAUACCGCAGAUUAAUUUAUAUAUUCCCAAUUCCCGUUAUAUCAUAAGCCUGUCUGGCGUUCCACAUUUUAAAUCAGUUUAUCGUACCAUAAGGAUAUACUGUAUAUCCUUAUAUUGUAUAUCAUAUACAAUAUAUAUAUUAUAGUUAUAAUAUAAUAUAUCGUACGAUUUACUUUUAGGUUCAAACAAGAUUAAUGCGAUGAAUGCGAGAGGAAGGCCUAGAAUUCCGACCCCGGAUGUGCAAAAGGACGGUGUCAUCGAUAAGGACAACAAACAGAAUGUAUCUGUCAACGGUUCUAUUCAGCCAGGAACGUAUCCGUCAGAUAUACCAGUCGUACAGGUAAUAAUGUUUUAAUUUUCUUAAUACAAUUUAAAAAAAAAUUGUACAGGUGCAGUCUGUACAGUUAUUAAACAAUCUACAUAGAUACCUUAACACUUGAUGCAGUUAAUAAAUUGUAUUCUUAUAUUAUCUAUAAUGACCUCUGAAUUACCUAAAAAAAAUAAAUAAAUAGGUAAAAAUAAAAGAACACUUUUACGUUAUCAAAAUAUUGGGUUUACUGAACACAUUGUUCAGGCUUCGGUUUAUUUUUAAAGCUAAAACUUUAGUGAAAAACAGUUUAUUAUUAUAUUGAUAGGCUUUAAUGGAUAUUGACCUUAUCAUUCGUACACGAUUCGGGCGUCGUUUAUAAAUUGUAGUCAUGUUCAUGUGCACCAGUUACAUUUAAUACUUAAGUAGAGAUUCAUAACAUUUUUUUUUGUCAUGCCAACAGUCAACACUAUUUGUUAACUUAUAUAAUUAUAAGUAGGUAAUUAAACUAAAUCGUGGUUUAACUAGGGCUUAACUUUUUUAGUAUUCCUAAAAUAUAUUAUCAAUAUUUCAAAUACUAAUCACAGUUUACAAUUUUUACAAACGAAAAUAAUUUUAGUAAGAAUAAAUAUGUUUUCAUAUUUUCAUAUUUUCAUCAUCAAAAUUUGAUUUUAAAACUCUUAUAAAACAAAAAUACUACAUUAUUUAUUUAUUUUUUUUACCACUAAAUACGACUUAUUAUGAACCUCUUAUCAAAUUUUCAAGCAUGUUUGUAAAUUCGAACAAUUUAUCUACAGAGUACCUACCAAAUAAAAAUUAUGUAAAAACUCGCAAAAUUAAAAUGUCUAUAAAUAGCUCAAAUAUUCCGAAAGUUUUAUUACAUCUAAAAAAGCAUAUAUCAGUUUUAUGUCAAAAUUUCAUGUCUCAAUGAAUAUUUUAAACUGAAUUACAUUACAAAAUCAAAAUUUAAAAUAAUAAAAGAAUUAUUUUCCCGUUCUUUCUACAUAUUUUUCAGUUUUUCCCCACUAUCAAAACAAUAAAAAAUAAAAUCAAAAAACUAUUUUCUUGGUCACCUACUAGAUUAAAAAUUCAACAAAAAAAUUUCUUUUUGUCGUUUAUCAACUGGAGCAAAAUUUAGGGUAUAAAACGUAAGUCGUAAAAAUUUAAAAUAAUGAAAUCGUUGUGCAUUAAUUUGGAAAAAAUUGUAUUUUCGUCUUUUUGGUUUUUUCCAAUUAUUAUGAAAAAUACUUUACACAUAAAAAACGACUUUCUUUGUCGAUGGCUAUGUGUUAAAAGAAACAAAAUCGAUCUUAUGUCAUUUUUAGAGUUAUAUUUCUGAUAAAACAUAUUAAAAUAAACCGGGACGCUACGUAGUCGUAAAUAUUAAUAAAAAAUAUUAAUUAAUUAAAUAUUAAUCAAUUUUAAUUUUUUUUAUUUUUCCUAAUUAUUAGGAAAACUAGUUUGGAUAUGGAAAAACGACUUACUAUGUCAGUGGCGAAAUAUUAUAAUGAACAAAAUUGAUCCCUUGUAAUUUUUUAAUUGGAGCAAUGUUUCUGGUAGUGUUAUCAUAAUAAAAACAAUGAAAACUGUAACACCGCAGCGCGUCGUAAAUAUUUUCCGUUUUACUAAUAAUUUUCUUUUAGUUUUUCGUAAUUAUUUUAGAAACACCUUGGAAAAUCAUAAAAUUGGGGAGACCCAAUACUAGUAUAUUAGUAUUAGUAUUAGUAUUAGUGUGUUAGGACGAGAGAAAAUUCAGAAAAUUUCAGAAAAGACACUACAGUCCAUACUUCGGAACAAGCUUUCUGGUAGAAAAAUUGUUCACAAACAAAAAAAAAUACACCCACAUCAUAGUAAAACCAAUAGAUUCCUCGUCACGCUUCUAAUCUAAAAUCGGUAAUAGUUUUAAGCUUUAACAUCUAUUUCCCUCGUGAAAAAUUCCUUUUUUUUUUUUUAUAUUCAUGAAUUACAAAUUUAAGUUUCAGUAGUUAUCAUAAGAUGACACCACCUUUACGUAGUAACGUUUUCAAGAGGAAGAUGUUAUGGGUUAUAUUCCCCCCAUUAACCUAAAACUUCCCAUAGUCAAUUAGUGUAGAGAAGAAUAUAUUAUGAUUUAUUUAUGAUUAUUAUUCGCUACAUCUUCUCUUAUUGAAAAUUCCUGAGCACUGCCUGUAGACCUUGUACAAUUUUAAUCAUUUCUACAUAAUUAUACGAUAUUCAAAAUAUUGUGGCAUUUAAAAAUACAUUUUUUUUUCAAGUGUGUAAUGUAAUGACAUACAAUAGUAUAUAUAUCGUACAUCAAAUGUGCGUGAUUACUGAACUAUGGUUAAAAAUUUGAAAAUCAACUAUACCCAUAUUAUAUGUAUUCAUAUUUUUAAUAAAUUAUAUGAUAUUUAUAAUUUUGCUAAAUCAUCGAGCACAUUAUUAAUAUCAUCGUAAUGUGUAUAGUAAAAAUAAUGUUGCUUAAUUUUAAAUUCAUAAUAAUUAAAUACUCAUCUAUACUUUAAACAGCAGAAUUCUGAAGGUCGAAUAUAUUUUUUAAAAAAAUUCAAAUAACUAAAUAAGUACCUCUAUACUAUUGAAAUAAUAUUUAAUUUUAUAGAGAAAAACAGCAUAUACAAUUAAAAAAUAACUCUGUAUUUAUGAAUAAUUUUUAAUUAAUUUUUAUUGUUUUCAUAAUAUUUGGGAAAAACCAGGAUAAAAUUUAAGAAAAACGGGAAUUUUAUGAAAAUAAUUCUUUUAUUGUUUUUCUAAUUUGUUAUUUGUUGUAAUUCUGUUAAAAAUAUUUCAAAAGACUUGAAAUUUGGACAGAAAACUUAUACUUGCGUUUCUUUGACAUGGUAAAAUUUAAAAAAAAUUUAAGCUAUUUUUGAGCUAUUUAUAGAUAUUUAAAUUUUGCAAACUUUGUACGUAAUUAUUAUUUGAUAAGUAUUGUGUGGUAAAAUUGUUAGACUUGAACAGAAAUAUUUAAAAAUUUAACAGGAAGUUCAUUAAAGUCUUAAUUUGUAGUUUAAAAAAAAAAAAUUUAAUUUAAUUUUUCAAUUUUUUUUUUUAACUUAACAUAUAUAUAUUGCUGAUUUAAGAAUGAUGGUGGAGUCAGAAUUAAGUGGACUGACUAAGUUUUGAAAUUAUUGUUUUUUGAAGUUCUGAUAUUAUGCGAAUAUGUAUAUUAAAUAACUUUAUACUGACCCUUUUAAAGCAUUUUUUUCAUAAUCUAAUGGUUAAUCAAGCCUAAUACCAUCCCGAGUGUUCCGAGUUCAAACCAGUGUGUCAAAAAAAUUGUUUGUAUUUUUUUUCUCUUUUACCUAAAAAAGAAAAAACAAAUGCAUUUUGGGAGUACCUCGACCCAAGCUAUCGCUUGCUCGGACUAUUUUAAUCGCAAAAUACCUCUGAUGUGCAAACUUUUCUACCAGAAAUCUUGCUCCGAUGUAUUAAGUGUAGCUUAUUUUCUGAAAGGAAAUUUUAUCUCCGUGGUAAUUUAGGGAGGUCAUUUUUUUAAUUUUUCAAGUGGUUUUCAUAAUAUCUGGGAAAAACCGAGAUAAAAUGUCGGAAAAACAGAAAAAAACGAAAUGUAGGUAUUCGUAAAACAACCUUUUUUUUUCUGUGUACAAUUUUUUUACCAACAAUUUCCCUCCAAUUUAAAAUGAUAGUACUUUUUCUAAUAGGAAAUCUAACAAAGAAGGUACUUUAAGUAGGUUAUUUUUUGAUUUUUCCAGAAGUUUUCCCAGCAAAUGUGAUAAACCGAGAAAAACGGGAAAAUCGAUACAAUAUUAAACAGAUAUUAUAAAAGAAAAUUUAUAAUGUCUAUUUAAUUAUUUUACCAUAAUAUAACACAAUAUAUUUGUAUAUAUAUAUAUUGUUGACAAAACACCACUAUCAACUAAACUGCAAUCAGAAUCCUUUUUUCGUUAGCAAUGGUUUAUCGUUGCUUAUAGAUAUACAUUAAAUUACCUAAAACAGUGGCUGCACCAGUUUUCAUUAUCCUAGGACGUCUUUAUUAAAUUAUAUUAUACUAUAUAAUAUAAUAUAUAUAAAUUAAUUCAGAAAAAUAAGAUCCGUUAAGAAAAUAUUAGGAAAAAAACCCCAUUGUAAAUUAAUACGUAUUGAUACAUGAAUCUGAAGACGAACUGAAAAAUAUUAGUGUACUUAUAUAUAAUUUUUUUAUUGUUGAAUUAAUUUUUUUCAACGACAAAGGUUAAUGCUAAAUGAAGAUUUUACAUUUUUUCUUUUUAUGGUAAAAUUUUUAAAUUAGCUUAUGUACUUAUUUCUAAAAAAAUGUUCAAUAUAUGUAUUAAUUUUUAACAGGAUUUUUUUUAGUUUCGGGGCUUUUUUCCUAAUACCUGCAUUAAACAGUAGUGGUUACUAGUAUCAACUCUUUUUUAUUUUACCUACUUAAUAAUUAUUAUUUUCAAUAUUGUGCCUGUGACUAUAUCAAAACUAAUAACGUUUUGGGAUAAAUGAUUGAUAACAACUUAGUGUCGUAAUUAACUGUAUUUAUAAUGAGCCGGUGUUACGAUUUGGGAGGCCCUGCAUUAAUUUAUUAUUACGUUUCCUUUUUUUUCCAACUUAAUCUUUAAAACUCCUCCCACCUAAUACUUUUAUUAAUACCCUGCACGUCUUGGCCACGGCCAGAAAACUGUUUGAUAAGACACUGUGCGUGUACGUGUUUUUCCCAAAAACAUCGUUACGUAUCUAAAAAUAUUAGUUUUCCAAUUUUACGUUUAUUACAAUUAUGCUUUUCUUUUUUAUGGGUCUACAAGUGCGAGGCCUCUGAAAGCACGAGGCCCUGGACGUAAAUCCCAUUGCUAUACCCUAACGUCGACCCUGCCGUGACUCAUCAAAAGCAGUGAUCCAGUCAAUAUAGUGUGAAAUUAGUAUUAUUACUUUUUAAAUUUAUUCUCGUUCAUAAUAAUAAUACAGUGUAGGUAGGUAACAUUUCAUCGCAGAUGAUGAACAUUUAUUUUAUUCGAUGUAUGAUUAUGUGUAUUUACCUAAAAUUUAUUUUUAAAUGUUUUUUAUUUUAUAAGUAAUGUAGCUGACAUUAAAUAGGUGUCUUUGCUACUUCUGCUUUAACAAUGAUGAAAUAAUUUUUGAAUAAUAUAUUUUUAUUAGAGAGAAUAGAUUAUUAUAUCUGUUCAGUGGUUAAAUUAGGAAAACUUCUAGGGAGGACAAUAUUUACCAAACAUUGGAGGACAUCUCCGAGAACUAACUAAACCCAACGAAUAUCUUAUUUCAUAAUAACACUCUUUUGAAAUUCUUGACUACGCCCCUGGUCUGAUUAUGCAUAAUCCAAUGAAUUAUAAAAGUUUGGAUAUAAAACAUUAAACAACAUUAAAAAAUCACGUGAAAUCCCGAAAAACGGUUCAUAAAGCAAUUUGAAAAAAAAAAUAAUAAAAAUAAAAAUUUCCAAACUAAGUUAAUUGUCACAUAAUUUGAACUUUGUAUUGAUUGUCUUAUACAGUACCUCUAGGUAAACUAAAAAACAUGAAUUUGCUACAAACUCACUAAAACUUACAAAUUCAUUAAAAUUCAAUAUGCAUUGUUUUGUUGUGCAGGUGGUACUGUCACCGAUCCAAGAGAUGGACCCCAACCUGUCGGGUACGUUACACAUUAACCAGCGCCGGGGCGUUGGCGGGGGGAGCGCGGUAGCCCAUCACGGCGUGUUGAACUCAGCGGCGUUUUCCGCAACCACGCUAAAUGGCACUACGGUGUAUACCACGCGACCCAUGUCGCUGUCCGUCAGCCCAAUCGCUUUGUCUACGGUAUCCAUGAGCCAACCGUUAUUGUCGUCGAUGGGCAUUUGCACGGCGACAACGACGACGACGACUACGAUAACGGACGGAAAUGCGUCACCGCUGCCGCUGGUGCUUACCGACAUCACAACGACGGCGGUCGGCGGCGGGUUAGACAAAGACGACAGCGCGUGCGGCGGCAGUUCCAGCGGUAGUGUGUCCAGCACGGACGACCGAAAAACGCCGGCGUCCAACAGGCGCAAAAGGGGCGAGGUGUACGUUUAA